GUCGGCAGCGCGCGGGGGUAGAGUGUAUCGUACAAGUGGCGUGUGUGCGUGUGUGUGUGUAUGUGCUCCUCUGCCGUCAGUUACCCGCUGGUCGAAUGUGAUGAGAUAGUGUCCUGACCCAUCCCGUGUACCGCAGGGAGGAACGGGCUUCUUCUCAGGGUCUUUUACGGGAUGUUCUCGGGAAUACCGGCCCUCUAUUGUCCCUGUUGAGUGGCUGUAUGAGCGGCUUGUGAAGGGCUGACAGCACAGGCGGCUCUUUUUUGUGUGUGGCAUGUGAUACAGCCGAGAGACCGAGGCGUGUUCAUGUCUCACGGACAUUACCGGGAAAAAGAAAGAGAGAAACGCGGACAAGAAGGAGAGAGCCCUGUGUUUGUCAGUGGAUGUGACUCGGGUUCAUCAGGACAUGACGGAGCGGCGCUGCCUGUGGAUUUUACGGGGCUCUUGCUAGCUGUUGAAUGGGAAGCAGUCAGAUAAAUGAAGAAUGACUCGAGCGCUGAAAGCUUUUCCUUGGUACUUUAAUUUUGAAUCCCUUAAAAAUCUCCCUGACAGUGACACAUCCUUAUUUUUUGGGUGAAUUUGGAGCCAACAGUGGUUGAACGCGUUGGGAGGAUCAGUUCAGGCGCGGCCAGGCGAGCCAACAAUGCGGAUUACCUCUUUUGACUGUUUGCCUUUGUGUCAAUACAGACUGUUAGUAUAAAGUUCAGAUAAGCUUCACAGCACAAUUACUCGUCAUUUUGCGAUUAUUCACUUAAGUUAUUUCAUUGGCAGAAGGAGAGACUCUAUGUUAACGUGUUGUACAAACCCCACAUGAGCACAGGUUGUCUGAGAAAGUGACCAAAGAAGUAGAAGCAACAAGGACAACGAUGGCAAACGACUCCAUUCAAGUAAGUUGAUAAGAUCUCGAUCCCUGCAACCUGUUUGCAUUGUCUAAUAUGUGUUGACCUUUGUAAUGAACAGGACUCCUGAGUUAUGCCAAACUAACACGAAAUUUACCAGUAGUAAGUCACACACCCUGGCAUGUAACCCCCACACACACUAUAAAAAAACCCUUUGAGUGACCUCUUGCCACACCACCUGACCUUAGACUUUUUUUUUUGUAGGUUUACAAAAGUUUUUAAGAUUGUUUAACCCUAGAGCACUUUCCCUCAAAUUAUUAACACCAUCUCUUAGGGAUGGGAAUCGAGAAUUGGUUCUUGUUGAGAACUCGUUCCAAAUGGUUCAAUCCAUCAACAUCAUUUACAUUUUAUCUUAACGAUUCCUUUCUUCUGGGUGCCUUGAAAAACAGUCUCGCGAGUGCCAGUCUACACGAACGAGAACGGAGACAGAAAAAAACUGAGUUAGGGCCCGUUCACACCACCCUCGUUUAGUCCGGUUGAACCGAACCCCGGAGCGUUUACCCCCCUUGGUGCGGUUCGUUUGGGUCUGUGUGAACGCUGACCUCGAACGCUGGUGCGGACCAAAUAAAGGUACUCUGCUCCGCCUGAAGAGGUGGUCUUGGACCGCUAUCAAGUGAACUCUGGAGCGGUUCAUUCCUGGUGUGAAUGUCAUCCACACCAAUCACAGGAAACGCACCACACACGUUAUUAAUGCCUGUCGCCGUCUUUACCCGUCUGGUGUUUGCAGCACAUCUACUCCGGAAUGUAUUAAUUAAUGCCGCAGUUCGCGCUCGCUGGCUAACGAGCCGUUCAUACGCGCGAUCGACUAGCGUCUUUUGAUACGCACUCCAGAUGAGUAGCAAAGGCAAAAUCAGCCUACGAUGCUCCAUGACAGGCGAAGACAGCAGAGCGGGGUUUGUAUUCCCGCAUAGACUAAUGACCAAUAACCGAACGAUAUUCACGGUCAUGUGACUUCCGGUUCUGUUUUCUGGAGCGAUUGACUUUGUCCUUUAUGAACGCAAACCGGACCAGUUAAACAAUCAAAAUAAAUGUAUCGUCUUGCCUUGGAUUCGAAUCGGGAAACAGACCUUUAGGUGUGAAAAGUGUUCUAGGGUUAAGCAACUUUGGACAGUUUUGAUAGGAAUUUGAAAAGCAUGUCAGACGGAGGAAAUAAAUCCAUAUUUGUGUUUUUUCGCUUUUUUACUCAACUGAAAGCCUCACUGAUUGUGUAAUCACCCCAAAAUUGGUAACCACUACUUGGAACCAUAAAAAAAUGACACUUGUAUUGAAAUGUGGCUCUACAAAAAUAUAAUCAUAAACAUUAAGAUGCUUGUAUCGGUUGCUAAUUAAUGCAUCUAAUGUGAGAGGCUGGAGUAUUCUUUGUUUGCUUAAGGGACUCUCUUGAGGACCCUUAGUGGCCCCAGGACACCGCAGUGAAGAGUACCAACUACUCAGAUGAAUUGGAAACAGAUAGUUUGUCUCUUUAUCAAUAAUGCAUCAGGCCACUCUCUGGCUUUUAAAGAGGUCAUUUGUGUUGAGAGCUCUCGCACCCUCAGGUGUUGCACUGCCUUGUUUUUGCCAUGAUUUUUCUUGGUUCAGCUGUAAAUGCAAAAUAUUUGUAUGGGGAGAUAGAGAUUUAAGGGAGGCUGAAAAGGGCACAAUAGUGGUUGUUUGUUAUUAAACAACGAACAUUAAAAACACCAUUCCCAAUCCCCACUAGGCUUUGUUUGUUUACGACUGAGGCAAACAAAAAAACCAGCACACUUAGCUUUUAAAAGGUGUACUGUGGUUGUGUGCAAGGGUCAAACAUCCAUACUGUAAAAUAGUUUGGUCUUUGUUUUGCUUUUCCAUUUCCCUAAACUUUGAGUGACACGACUAAGUAAAUCACCCUCUUGACACAGUAAAAUACUACAACUGAGAGUCUGAGAUAAGCAUUUUCACAGUCAUUGUCAGAGUGGAGUUUGACAUUUAGUGACAUAAAAGCAUGAGCAGAUCUUAUAACAUUUGUCAUAGACACAUAGAGCGGCACACAACCAAGGUGAAGGUGUGUUCACGCAGGUGUAUGUGCCUUGGCUGUUGCCAUCAUACACGCUUAUUUGCACAGUAAUAGUGAUAUCACUCAACAGGACGUGCAGGCAGCAAAGCAGGAGCUGAGUUAGCGCUGAGAUAUCCUGUUGAAGUGAGAAACGUGCAUGUGAAAAUGCAGAGGUGUAACAACGGUAGUGCCAGUUUAGAGCUGGUUUUGAUCAUGGACGUUGAAAUUAGCCGACUGCAGCGAUAGUUUCCUGAACAUGCCAGUCAAAACCAGAGUACACACAGCAUGUUUGCCUCAAACUCUCUGACUUCUCAAAAUGCUGACUGAACACCGCUUUGUUCUGGUUUGCCAGCUUCCUUCCCAUGAACGUUUUUUCUGAACCAUAUUUGACUUCUCAGUGUAACUGAUUUUGACUCCACAUUGUAAAUGAGCCAUGUGUGCUGUUGAGAGAUUGAUGUUUGUUUCUUUUGUGAUACAGGCACACUUUAAGAGCGCAUGCUCUCAUGGGAUUUAGAGGAGAGUUGCCUGGUAACAUAACUUGCCCAUCUGACUGUUGCCCUGGGGACUAUUAUUUGCUCCCUUGAAUAUCAGGACUAAAAAAAACCUUUUGUUGUUGAUGGAGGGCAGUUAUGGGAGCAAGCGUUCGUACUCUGAUCCUUUCACUGCCAUCAUGAAAUUCAACAUUUUAUGCUGGAACUAAGGAAAUUAAAUUAGCCAAUAACUUAACAUGUCUGUGUACAUGUGCCUAUGCUGGCUUUUCUUUAUCAGCUCUUUCUCUCUCCUUAAAGGAAUAUUCGGGUGUAAAAUUAAUUUAGGAUCAUAAAUGUUCGUCCUUGAGCUGUGUCACCCCGCUGUAGUCCGUAAUGGACUGGCCUGAGGUCUCGCAACAAACAAGCGGCUGCUGGAAGAGAGUAGGUGAGUUGUGUUUAGUCUCUUUGCUAAAGAAAUUAGGCAAAGUUAAAAAGAUGUUUGGUGGCUAGUGCUGUAGCUGGGACCCUAUAUGUACUGUUGAUGAAGUUAGGUGCUGUUCUGAGUGUUAUUUGUGGCUAUAGAGUGGCGAUUCGGUUGAGGUUUGUUUAUGGCUCCUCAGACUGCUGUGUAUUGCUAUCCUGCGGUCGUUACUGAAGUUGGUUUAACUAAAGAAGCAUAUGCUCAGCAACAUUCAUCUCUUAAGGGUUGUCUAACUGGGUGUUACAGUGUGUUUGACCCCAAGUUAAUUUUACGCCGAGACUCAAAACUGCAGCAUGUGUCUGUUGUAAAAAAAAUUACUCACAGUUGAGCUUUAAUUAUGUCGGCCAAGUGCAGCGUGUUAUCUUAACUGCUUUAGACAGGGUUAGCAUCCUACUUUAACCAGGUUUAAUCCUUCUUGGACAGCUUACUUACCAAAUGGAUGUUAAAGUGCACUCUGUAUGAACCAAGCAGAUGCAUCUAAACCUUGCCUGUCUCAACAUGGUUGAAGGCAGUUCAUCUUGUAUUGUAUAGACUGCUGUUUGUGUGUCUGGUGCUCAGUCCUUCAGGAGGCUCAUAGACAAGUUUGAGGUCACUGUUUGAUGUUUUACUAGGAGAGAUGGUGGCUUUAGUCACUGCUGGGUGGAGUACACUCCAAACUGUUAUUCCUCUUAAUGCUCACAAAACCUUCAAACAAGAGCAAAAACUUUGUCGACACGCUGUUGCAAUUAGCCACAACCUUUUACUGCAUUUCAUCCCCAGCUCCACAUGUUUCUGUCUCUCUUCAGUUGUCCUAUCAUUAAAAAUGCCCCCAAAGAAACAAAUAAAAAAAGGAAGUCUUUAAACCCAAUCACUACUGACUCAAGCGACAUCAUGUGAGGAAAUGUGGCACAAAUGUCGUUACACAGCUCUCCUGUAAACACAUUUUCAUCACGGUAGAUAUUUGUCUUUGCUCAGACAGAAAGACAACAACAACAAACAGCCCCAGUCUGAACCCAGCUGCGUCACACAUCCCCAUAAAACUGAGACUGAAGACAGGACAGGAGAAGGAGCAGAAGGGGGCCACUUACUGAACAGUAAACUGAGAGCGCUACGUGCAGUUGUUGCUUCUCAGGCAUGUUUUACACUGUGAAUGUGCACUAAACAACCGAGGUACACUCACUCUAGUAGCUUCACACAAUAUACUCGGUGUUCACAGGAAAACACACACAGUCACAAAUGCAAAUACAUAAAACAACUGACACGCACAUACAGAGGUAGACACUCGAGGGAAUGCAUAGAAGUACUUCCCAUAAGCCUCAGCAUGACGUAAGAAGACAGCUAUGUGCACAAAGUCGGCUUUUCUCUGCGCUGCCCUGUGGCCAUGUAGGCAGACAGAAUCCACAAUAAAGCAUCCAAGAACAGUUGAGCAACCAGAGACUGAGAGAAAGAGAGAGAGAGAGCAAAUAUUCUCAUACAUGUUCAUGUCAGGCAUCUCAGUUUAAUAAAACUAUUCCCUCCUUACCAUGUGAUACAGAGUCCUAGAUGAAUAAUGAUAUAUCUGAGCUUGAAACACAUGAUUAUAACCUCAUAUUCAAUACUGACUGUGUCCUUUAUGUGUUGAGACCCUCUGGGAAAUCCUCUCGUGUACAAAACCAUGAACAGCCCUUUCUAAGAUGUUCUUUGCUAAACAACAAGAAAUCAAGGAGAACAUCUCCACCGUCCUAACCAAGUUAAUGACAGUAACAACAUAUCUUCUACUCUCCACUCUGAAAGCAGGGUGAUUAUUUUCUCAGGGAUCCUUCAAAAAAUAUACUGUUCUCUCUAAAUAGCAGACUGUGCAAAAAUACUCUGUGUUGCAUUCAAGUCUCGGACACAGUCGGGCUUCAGUCCUCGGAUGAGCUCUAUUCAACAUCUCCAUAUGGUGUCUUAUGGUGUGCACAUUACAGUCCCGAGUCUGUGUCCAAGAAAGUCACUAUUUUCCAGUGCAGAGUUGAGAGGCUCUUAUCAGUGACAACCAAUAGAUAUUUUAUUCUUCUUUAGGAACAGCUACAACUAGUAUUUGAUUUUAGAUGUAAAAUCUCUGAGGUGACCUUGGGAUGAAAUUUACAGUGCCCAGCAUAAGUCAGUACACCCCCUAUUAAAAGUUAUUACUCAAUAUCUAGAUGAGCAAAAGUACAAUUUUCAAAAAUUUGAUGAAGCUGAGUUUAACAUAAUAUUUUAUUUAUGAUAAGAUGAAAAUAAGGGUGAUAUGGUAACUAAAAUUUAGCUUUGCUCACCAUUUUGGACUCGCCCAACCUUACUGGAGAUUGGCUGGAGACAGGAAGAUUGAAGGGCGUUCAUGUAAAUCAACGUCUGGUGGUUUGCUGAAAAUGAUAUUUGUGUUUAAUUGCCUUGUUGUGCUGAUAUCGGUAUAUUUUCACUCGCCAAGCUGCGUUGUCCCCCAUUUAUCGAUUUUGGUCAGAAAUUUCAGGGUUUUAGUCGACCAAGAAUUUCUAUUGUUGAUUACAGGCACAUGAGAUUUUUGCAUUUCCGUGUCUGCUUUUGGUCUCCACCAUUUAGCUUCAUCAACCAGCCAGUCCCUGACUUUGUCUGUUAGCUAAAUGGUAAAGGGCGUGUAAUGUCGUGUGAGUUGUUGGUGUUUGUUUUUACUGAAAACAGUCCGCUGUUGAUGAAAUUAACUCUUUGAGAGCAAAACUGACCGUUCAAUGAACCAGACCUGCCAUAAAGCAGAGGAAGCUGCAGUUUAUAAGCCUGGGUUUAUAGAUUGUCAUUUAGAUUUGAUUGAUAUUUAUUGUAAAGACGUUAAUGACAGUUGUUUUUCGGUGCUCAGACAAAAAGGAAAUUUGAAGCAUGCACAUUUCUUUGACGCUUGGGCAUGCUCCAUCUGCAGACAUGACCUUUAAAAAGCAGUUAAGUGCUUCUGCAUGAGCCUCAUGAUGGAAUUACUCUGCCCCCCACAAAGCAUUGUUGUUGAGAGGAAGUUUGCUGCGAUAUUUAUAGAUGACUGCCCUUUUCAGGCAUCUUACUCCAGUACGUUUUAACUAACCGACUUAACUGAAUUGGUGUCACUUUGGUGGGAGCAGUUCAGUUGUAAGUUAGGCUUUGCUUUGGCCCACUGUUGGAGGUUUAGAGGGCAGAGGGGAGGGGGAGGUCUAAAGGGCAUUAUGCUGAUGAUGAGGCUCCACAGCCACAACAGUACAAUAGCUUGUAUUGUAUGACACCAGCAGCCCAGAUCACAUUCAGUUCACUCUGGGUUCAUUUUCCUCAUCCUGACCACAGCAUGGUGGUGACCACACCCUCACCAAGCCCAUCCACCGCCCGGCUUUGCAGUGAAGACAAAUCAUGUGUGGUUAAUGGUGUUUGGACUGAAAACUGAAAUCCCUCGUGUAUUGAAACCAUGUUUGUGCUUCAUUAGUUGGCCCCAGCAGCUGUUCUAGGCUUAUGUUCCUCUUGGUGGAUUUUGCCUCAUUCCUUUAUCUCUCGUUCACAUCUCUCCUUCCCUCUGUGCAAACAGCCCAUAAUUCUCAUGACCUCAUAGAAAUGUGCCCCUGCAUUCCCGCUGCAGACAGACCCCUCCUUCCUCUCAGACACACACACACACACACACACACACACACACACACACACACACACACACACACACACACACACACACACACACACCACUGAGCUCACACACUGUCAUGACAUCACCUGUCAGCAUAAACCAGUAAGCCCCUCAGCUUUCUAUGGAAGCACUGGGAGUACCGGGAAAAGCAGAAGUGAUUAGAUUGGGGUAACUUGAGAAAAAUCAUUAGUUUUAGGGGUGUCCGAUACAACUUUUUCAUUUCCAAUACAAUACUGAUAUUGUAGCCUUUAGUAUCGUCCGAUACAGAUAUUGAUCCUAUAUUUGCAAAAACUUGUGCAUGACAAGUUUUGUACUCCGCUGCAAUGUCUUUUCAGACCCUUGAUCAAAACCUCUAAACAAACUCUUCCUGUCUUUAGCUGCAGGUGAUUUUUACAACAUUGUACUGCAGGUGUAGGCUUUAAAAUUAAACACUGAUGUAUGUCUGCAUGCUUGUGUCCGGUGUCCACAGUGUUAACUAGGAUGAAAUGCUCCUGUGCAUGUUUGCAUUUUGCAGUCAGAGAAAACUCGGGUCAUUGCAGCUGUGGUGGUCAUCUCAUCAGAGUUAUUUUUUGCAGCUAUUUCAGAUGUGGAGUUUUUAUCACCAGUGGUGUAUUUUGAGCUUGUUGUUGUCUCUUCUUGAAUGUGUAAAAAAAGUACUCAACAGUAAUCAUCAUGACAUGUUAAAAUAUUAAGAUAUUGUCUAAAGAUGGAACUUUCAUAGCUCUCAGUCUGAACUUGAACUUCCUCAGUUCACAGUUGUUUUGGUGAGAUGAACUGACUGGCCUCUCAUCUGUCAAUCCAGUCUCUGUAUUAGAAAAAGAUUAAAGUGAUACUGGUCACAGUUUUAUUACAGCUCGAGUAUCAAUAUAGAUUUUCUAUUGAUACUAACAGUGUUAUCAGUCUUUGUGGUUUAUUAUAUAACAACAUAAUUCCUCACUGUCCCUCUCACGUGCCCAGGCCCGGUUUGUUAACACCAGCAGCAUUGCACGUUGAUGAACCAUGACCUUUGAACCCUCCUCAUUAUGGCAGAGCAUAGGGCCCCCGGGCCACAUAUAUUGAUCCUCCAGCCCCAUCACUGAGUGCCGUGGUGCUGUUUAAACAGCCACUCAGCAUGGGUAACUAUCUCUGCGAGUGCUGGAGGAUUGUAGCGUCAAUUGACUGCUUAGAAAGUGUGUUGACUCACGUAGAUAAGAUUAUUAAAGGGAGCUUUUCUCUAAGCUCUGCAGGCCAUAUCCUCGAUGAAAGAAACAACCUCUCUCCAAGUCAUCACAUCAUUUUAUUUCUUACAUAAAAGGCUCAAAAAAAGAAAGAUCAGUACAUCUUGUUUCAAUCUCUGGGCGGGUUUCACUUCAGGGAAAUGAUCUCCUCUCCUAAUGGAAUCAGGACAAAUAAACCAGUGUAAUAUUCAAGCCAUUGUAAAAAGUUUACUGGGGAAAUAAUACUGACAUGGAAUAUUUUAUUGGGGAUUUGGUGAUUCUUUUUACAUGCAUAUUCUAGACCCUCCAGGAAUCUGCACAAAAAAGUUUUGAUUCCGCAGAGAACAUCCUGAUUUCUGCGGAAAUCCGCGGCUUGAAGGUUGAGAUUCCAGCGGACAUUAAAAAACCAACCUAAAAUUUUCAGUUCUGAAUCUUUUGAAAUGAAUUGCAAAGCCAAAACACUAAGAAACGCUCUUAUAAAUAAUCAAUAAACGUCAAUAUUCUCUUUGUCCCCCUUGGGCGGAUUUAUUUGCAGCAACUUCAGGAAUAAUAUAGUGCAUAUUAUACUGUCACAAAAUAGAGCAACAGUCAGAUAAGUUUUUUUUACUCCAUUAAAAAUGUGCCAUCCGCUCUACAGUCCGCCUUUCCAUCUGGGAUCCUCCUCAAACACACACGUACCAGAUCGCACAAGCAACCAGGCGACGCCAAACCUUUCCGCAUCUGGCUGUGAGUUCCCGUUCCCGUCUAUCUGACCGUGUCAUCGAGCGGCCAGGAUGAAAACGACAUGUAAGAUAUAAUAUUCUGGACCUCGCCGUGUAUUCCGCGGACAACUUUAAUUUCCACGGAGGACUUUGAAAUCUGCGAUAAUUUCCAGAAUCGCGGAUUCCUGGAGGGUCUAAUAUUUUAUUUUCAUGUUUACAAACAAACGUAGUGUUCCACCCUCUGCCUGUCUUGCCACCCUGUGAGCAUCCGGUGUUCUCAUCCUUUCUCAUCCAUGCACACGGUGAUUCAUGCAUGGUGAUUUCACGCAUAGCAGGGGGGCGGCUGGUAAACAGUUCAUGAACAAAGCAAUAUCGUCCAACUUAAUGGGAUAAACUAGGCAUGGUUCCCGAAGCGCACGCUGCAGUGAGAAAGGAGGAGUGCUGUUGUGUUAGCUCCAUUAGGGCUGUCAGGGUGAUCACAGUGAUUUCACUUCCAAGGUUUACCCGACAAAAUGAUUUGAUCAGAUCCUGUCAAGGAUAUUUUUAUUACUUUACCAGCCAAGCAAACAGGAAAGGCACCUCAGAGGCCAACAGUUAGUCAGCUUGGUUGGGAAUUUCCUUUUUGGUAUAAGGAUUGGCAUCAAAUGUACUCCGUCACAUACCCUAACCCAUCAUUCCCACAAGUACUUAACCUUGCAGGAAGCCUCUAGUGGACCAGACAGACUUAGCAUGAGUUCCCAUCAACAUAUGUCAUGCAGGGAAAGUCUGGCGUGAGAAAUGUCCAUGUACAGUCUUCAAUGACUCCGUAAAAACGACAGAAGGGUGGGGUUUCCCGGCGCAUGUGGUGGCCUUCAGAAGCUUUUCUUGCUUUGCCUUUUCCUGUGGCUUGAGUAGGAUGUGGUGGUUUAACGGUUUCAAAAAGUUUGGUGACUGAAUGAAUAUACUCACAGCAGAAGAAGCUUUUUCUGGAGUUAAUGCUGCCAUCAUGUUUGAUGUCAUCUUGGUUUGACAGUAUUUUGAUUUGGAAAAGGGAGAUAAAGUUGUCUGUAGGUUGUGUCUGGUUAAAGAGGCGUAUAAGCAACCAGAGCGAGACGUAACCUACACAGUUAUGUGAAGGCUAACCUGCGAGGUGGUGCAAAGGCCCUAGAACUUGAGCUACCAUCAGCAAACUAAUUUGUAGGGCUGUAAGAUUGUAGCCGACUGGUCGACUUCAGGGUCAAUACUUGCUGAGUCAACCAGAAUUCUGAUUGGUUGACUCGAUUUUUUUCCAUGUCAAUUUACGGUCUCUGGUUAAUUUCAUCAGGAGGAAUGUACCAAAUGCUAAUGGGGGUGUUUUCAGAGCCACCCUGUUUCACAGGUAGCAGCCUGUCUCAGAACACCCCCCUUGUUUUCACCAUUUUGGAUUCGCCAGCUCUUUACAUCGAACAGAACAUUACAGAACAUUAUCGCACUUCUGAAUCAUUUUACCCUAAUCCUAACCCUAACCCAACGGACAUUACGUUUCACAGCCAUUGGAAAAAAAACAAUCGAAGCCCAGCACUUCUAGCCAAUCAGAGGCAAAGGAGGGAGGGACCUUCCCCUACAUCCUACAAAAAAAAAUUUUGCCGGCUGGAGACAGGAAGAUUGAAGAGCGUCCAUGUUAAUCAAUGUCAGGUUUUUUGCUGAAUAUGAUAUUUGUGUUUAAUUGCUUCUUGUGCUGACUUAAGUGGAUUUGUCAAUUUUUGGUCGAAAAUUUCGUGGCUUUAGUCGACCAACAACUUCUUUAGUUGGUUACAGCCCUACUAAUUUGACAUUGUUCAUCUGUAGACUCUAAGUUUAGACACCUUUAAUCUGGUAUAAAUAUGGUCACUGGUGUGCAUACUAAUAAGUCUGCAAGAAGCUCGUGUUGCUUUUGCUCCAAUCCACCAGCUUCUCUGCCCUCUAUGUAAGAGGCUGUUUUUAGCGUGAAAAGUGGUUUUUAGUGGGGCAACCACCAAGGAAGUAGUUACAGUCAUCUGAAUGCAGUUACCAAGGGCAACUGGGCAAUUUCUUCUUUUCAGCCCGGUAGUAGGAAAAAAAAAAGGCCUUAUUCAAGUGUUGCUCAGCAGUCCUGGUCUGAGUCUGUCGCUGCAGAAUAAUUACACCAACACUUGCAACACUUGUAGUACUUUAGCAGGUCAGCAGUAAAGAUGUCAUGACUGUUUCACUGAGCUACUUUUUCUCCCACUGCUGUUUCUGAGGCUCCAGUUCUGUGUUCAGUGCAGUCUAACUAAACGGUUCUGGAUCAGUAACAGUCAUGAAUGUAAAGCGAUCUGCCAUAUUGCCCCUCUGUUGUCAUCUCUUCUCUUACUUUCUCUUCUCCCCUCUCCUGCUGUCUCUCUAUUUGCACCAGCUGCUCUCCUCCUCCUCCCUCUGCAGCCCUCCUUCUUUUUUUCCUGUCUGGGAAUGGUUGGCCCUCAGUAGCCGCCCUCCACUGGGGAUAAUUAGAAGGAAAGACUUUUAGCCUUUUAGUAACUUUGUUUCAGCCAGAAAUACUCGUGCAGACUGAACAUGGUUGACUUACUUUUAACAUUUUUUGUCUAUCUGGUGGAAGUCUUUGUUUUGGCAGAGAACAUUCAAUUCGCAUAGACGUGUUAGCUAAAUAGUUGACCAAUGACAAAAAUAUUUCAUAUCAGUAUUUUCUGAGUAGUUAUAGUCAAAUAAUUGCUCCCAUGAUUUUGAUAAAAUCUCGCACAGCUGCACAGACAGUCUUUGUCAAAGGUGAUUUAUGUGGCUUUUGUCGGUGUGUUUUCAUGCGGCAUACACAGAGGGUGUGACUUCAAAAGAUAUAAAUAGCUGUCAGGAGUUAUUAAAGUCUCCCCACAAACAAUCCCUUUCAUUAGAAUGGUUGGAGCUCGAGUUGCACUGAUAACAUUCGGUGCACUGGGAGGUCUGCCGACUGCUCAGGCUGAACCCUCUGGAUGGUUGGAUGGUUAGGUAGUUGGGUGGAGCUGCUCUGAAAUCACUUUGAAUUAAACAUUCCCAAAUGUCUGAACUUAAUUCUCUAGUUUGUGCAGUUAAUAUUGCACUUUUAGCACACAGGAUCUGUGCAGCUUCUUAGACAAAGUAGAACAAAAGUAAGGGAUUGGUGAGAUAUAAACUGCGAUGUUUCAGGAAAGAACACACUCGUGUUGAUGGUACUCAAAUAUCAGUGUCGUUUGAGUACAACAUUAUUUAAAAUUGUAAUUAGAGAGUAGGGACACUCGUCCGUGGCUGCUGAAUAAUGCUGCAAAUCACUCUCACAUAUCAGCCAGUCAGACUGUCUGGUAGAAGAAGACACACAAGAGCAGUUCUUUGGAAAUCUGUGGAGACUUUAGAAAGAAAAACCUCACUUCAUGGCAGAGUCAGGAACAGGUCUUACGAGUACUUUUUAAGCAAUAGCCUCUAGUGUUGAAAAAUUAAAGCAAUGUGGAAGUGCAAGAAACUUCACCCUGUGACAAAAAUGCUCAUUUUUACACUGAAAAUAAUAAAACAGCUGUGUUGGACUAAUCAGCUUAUUUAACAGAGGUGAACAUUUUUUUUAUAAUGUUAUAAAUAUAUGUAGUUUAAUGGUUGAAUUUACUGACAGUGUCUGGCUAAAUUCACCUUCUUGCUAGGGGUGGGAGAAAAAAUCAAUACAGCAUAGUAUUACGAUAUUUUGUCUGGUGAUGUAUCAUAUCGUCUCAUAUACCAAGUAUUUAUUUUUUACAUUAAUUGCUAAUACGAAGUCAAAUCUAUGACAAUGGAAAACUGAAAUCAACUGUUUGUCCAGUGAGGUUGGCAGAGGAGACAUCAUAGAGCAGGAGAAAGUUAGUAGAACAAAUAUAUAUAAGGUUUGCAAAAUGUGCUACAUGAAUAUAAAAUACAGUGUAAAUAAGACAAACAUUAAGGAAAGACAAAUUCUAAAUUAGCUAAACAGCUGAAAAAGUUAUAUAAAUCUCAAUAUAUUGUAUCACAAUAUUCACUGUAUUGCAAAAUGUUUAAAGUCGCAAUAAUAUCGUAUCGUGGCCCAAUUAUCGUGAUAAUAUCGUAUCGUGGGCUGACUAGUGAUUCCCAACUCUACUCCUUGCCUGUUUUUAGAUUGAUGGAAAGUCCAUUUGAGUUGAAUUUGGCAACAACCAGUUGGGCUUUGAAAAGUUUCUGCAGAAACCAGUGGGUGAGGUCACUGAGGCGACAUCCAUGUUUGGUUCAGCAGUCUAUGGUACUACUGGUUACAUAAAGCUUUUUGUUUAUGGUUGUGAAGCUGCAAGAAAUCCGAUAAACAUCCCUUUAAGGGUUGUCACGGGUUAGCAUACAGUAUGUUUAAGCAUGAAGACUACAAGUGUAAAAUGUAAAAUAAGAGUGUGUAGUUAGAGAGACCUGUUUCUCUGGAGUCUUGCACCUUGAGGCUACAUCAGCUCCUGUAUAUUCUCUCUGUACUCUGCUGAAGGUUAAGUUGUAUUGUGGGUAAUGUAGGGGACAUGAUCAGAAAAAGAGAAUCUACCCACAAAAUAGAGAAGAGCUGACUGAAGCUUUUCCUGCUUCUCUGUUGGAGGAGGUUUUGUCCGUCUACCAUCAGCCUGGAUCCAAGUAAAGUCAUUAAAAUCUUCAUCUUGGUCUUGUAAGUCAGCUGUCUGUUUACAUGGCUGUGGGGUCAGUUCUCCUGCCUCCUGUCACGUGAUCGGGGAAAUCUGACUCCUGCUACCCUGUGUCGAGACUCUGCUGCUGCUGCUGCUGCUGCUGCACACAGCCUUUCAGUGUAUGAGAAGGCUCUAUUGUGCAACUGUUGAUAGUGAUAACACACUCAAAACUCGGGUAAAAAGGCAGCCAGGACCAUGGGAACAUGAUGGUAUCAGUUUGUGCAUUAAACACGGUUUAAAAGCACUCCUAUUGUGAGUCGGAUAGUGUCGUAGUUAAGGUUGAUUAAUAGUUUAGUUUGAAGAUCUCUCCAGGUGAAGGUGGUGCAAUAACCAUGAUGCUUCUUUGGAAAGUACACAUUUUUACCAUAUUAUACUAUAAUUUUCUGUGUGUGCGUACUCUUCUAGUUUUCAGGGUAAGUAGAAAAAUAGAAUGAGAAUAGAUCGAGUUGAAUUACUCUUAUAGAUUUUCAGCGAACAACCUCAUUUAGUGCCUCGUGCCUCGUACUGUGAUGUGUCGUCUCUGCAGCCUCGCACAGCACACUUCACUUCAGAUGCGUUUAAAUGCUUAGUCAGAAUGACAUCCGGCUCUGCCUGCGUUUAGCUCCUGCUCUUUUUAAAUGUCUACAAGCCUGAGCGCAGAGCGAGAGUUGAACAAAUAAGACAGCUGAGGAGAAGGAGGAGACAGGUGCUUCCUGGUCUGUUACCUGGAGGCUGUGCUGUCAUAGAAACAGCUGGCAACAGGAUGAGUUCACCCUUUUUCAACUCCAAGAUUUUUUUUUCUCUCUCUUCUGCUCACAUGAAAAUCUGAUAUAAUUCUUCAAUUUCAGAAACUUCUGCGUGUUGAGUUAUUCUAGAUCUCCAGUUACAUACGGUACUUUUUUGGAGGUUUUAAUGAGAAAAAGACUCGCAGAGGACAAUUAACUAAGUGUCGGCUGUAAAAUUAUAUUCAGCUAUGCAAUUUCAGAUGAGAUUGAAAUGCGUUUUUCUCUUCCCACAUGAUUAAACUGCUGCAAUGCAUUAAGCUGAAGUCACUCAGUCAGGCUCAAACCUUUCCAUUAUCACAAAACACUUUAUAUAACCUGAUCAGACCAACCCAAAUAUAGACCCAAACCUCAUCUACUUUCAAUUCAUUUCAAUAGAUCCCACUUCACAUAUCAGCCAACACAUCCAUUUUACAGGGAAUUUAACCCUGACUGCUGAUGUGUGACUCUAUCUGCAUGUAAACCAAACUCCGUGUCGUGUCAUCUGUGUCAAUCUGAAUGCUUUCAGCUAAAUUAAACACCAGGACAGACUGUCCCAAAUCUUAGUAACAGGUUUGUGUGAAAUUAAAAACAGCUGCUUGUUUGUUGCUGCUUUUGCAUAAUCCAGAUGACAGAUGUUGUAUUAAGGUAACUGAAUGUUUCCUGUGAUUGAAAGGGUUACUUUUUAUAAAAUGAGGGACAAAUAGAAAAAUGUACAUAUUGAUUAAUUGAUAAGGUACGACGGAGUAUUAGGGCCACAUUAAGGAGAAAAAUGUAAGACUUGGAGAUUAAAGUCAUUAAUUUACGAGAAUAAAGUCUUUACUAAUGAGAAUAAAGUCGAAAUUAAGUCAUUACUUAUGAGAAUAUAGUUGUAAUAAAAUCAUUACUUACUAGAAUACAGUCGUAAUAAAGUAAUUACUUUUGAGAAUUAAGUCAUAGUAAAGUAAUUACAAGAAUAAAGUCACUUAUAAAGUCAAAGCAAUCACUUACGAGAUUAUUGUCAGAAUAAAGUCCUUAUAUUCUAACCUGUUGUUUAAGAUGACAGUCGUUGAAAUGAGAGCCAUGGAGUUUUGUGAAAAUGUACUUCAAUAAAGGUUUCUCAAGCAAGGAGAUACUUAAUCUUUUGGCACAUCAGCACAACACUAUCAUAAGUAUUGUAGUAGUAGUAGUUGAUUACAACUUUAUUCUCGUCAGUAUUUACUUUAUUACGAAUUUAUUCUCAUAAGUAAUGAUUUUACUACGACUUUAUUUUUGUAAGUAAUUACCUUAUUCUUGUAAAUUAAUGACUUGAAUCUUGAAGUCUUAACUUUCUCAAAGUCUUACUUUUUUUUUUCUCCAUGUGGCCUGAAUACUCAGUUGUAAUGAGGUUUUUUUAGCCUACAGAUCUUUUUUAUUUGUUGUUGUUUUACAAAUCUUCAUACAUGAGCUUUAGGCGUUUUUUUUGUUAGUAUUGUGCCAAAGACAACAACUUAAAUAUGUAAUAGCAAUUUGUAGUCCUGAUUUAGUAAUGCCUGUCAAACUAUGACACAUGUCAGUGAGCUCAACGUGUCUCUGCAGGUCCUUCCAACACACACACACACACAUACACACACACCUGCAGCACUGGUCUCUCACUGCCGCCGCCACACCUGAAGCCAACUGUCAUAACCGUUAACACAGUGACACACACACAGACUCACAAGUGUUAAAGGCUCUCUUUCUGCACAUUAAUAUGCUUCUCCACGCUUCGGCCUUCUCUGUUAGAUUCAACACGCACGGCUGCCACACACAGCCUACGUCUCCCAUGGGUGCUCUCAAAACAUCAAUGUGAUGUACUGCUGCUAGUUUCUGUUUUCUAUCCACAUGCACACACAUGCCCCACAAUGCAGUUUUGUGUUGUUUUUACACACACACACACACACAGUAAGUCAGAGGCGUGACUUGCUAGCCAUUAACUUUGGGUCAUAAAGUAACAAUCAACACACACACACACACACACACACACACACACACAAAGAUUUAUGAGGAAAUUAAAACUCUUUUUCUCUUUGCGACAGAUUAUUUAACUCUGUAGUCAUUGCUAUAAUCAAUAUAAAAUUACAAUUGUGGACUUGUUGACAAAAACUGAUCAUAAAAAAAGUUGACAAUGAAUUCCAUUGCGACUAUUGUUGCCCGACGUUUUUUUUCAAGUGGAGUGAGGCAUCUUACCUAAUUACGAUCUCUGCCUAAAGUCACACAUGCGCAAUAGCGUCUCCACUGAGCAGUAGUACUGUGUUCCAGUUGUAUUCGGAAAUUGGGAUUUGUGAUAUCUGAGAAGUCGAAAAAUCAUCUGGAACGCCCCCCUGAGGCCAGAUUUCUUACUCAGAAAGUCAGACAAUCCUCACCAACCCUGACUUAACGACAAUGUUAUAACUUAAGAUGGUAGCGCAGUGCAUUGACAAUAAAGACUAACAGUGAAAGCUCUCGUAAUAUAUUAUUUAUUAGCACUUCAGUUUUGUUUUUGUGAAAUUAAAUAAGUGGUAUAUGUUGUACUUCCCAACGUCUAACUGUGAACACAGUGGUAUGGUAUGGUAACUGGUAUCGCUAACAAUUGCUGACAACGGCUAACAACGGCCAAGUACAGCUGACAGUUGUAAACAACGGCUAACUGUGGACGUCCAUCUUGGUUUUCCAACUUGUUAACUGGAACGCCGUCAACUCAUGUGUAACGUCAUUCCCAGCUCUGAAAUCAGACUUCUGAGGUAACUGGAAUGCAGCAUAGGGUAUUCAAACAUGGCGGCGCCGGCAUCCCUUACAGAAGCUGCAAGUAGGUGUUUAAAAACCUGCAAAGUUUGGCAGCUCUUUAGCCCAGGUAAGGUGAAAACAAAACUACUUACAAGGUUUGCAAAGCAGAGCUUGCAUAUCAUGGCAGCACGUUGGUGAUGCACCAACAUUUGAGGAGAUGGCACGUAAUUAUCCAAUAAAUCAACUAAGCGUUUCAGUCGUCGGUGACAAGUCAACUAUUACCAUAGUUGUUAGUUGCAGCCCUAAUUGUGAUCACUAUGUAUUACAGUACAGUACCUAAUAGCCCAUCAGGUGAAAACAGACAUGUUUCAUACAUGUUUUUCUGGACACUUUUUUUGUCACAUGAUUUCGCUCCAAGCCUCUUGGCGCACUCUGUGUUUUGUUUGGAGAUGGUGUUAGACUCUGUGUGUCAGGCCUUCAGACAGCUUAGAGGGUUAAUCCCUACAGCUAAAACCCCUGCUUCACCAGCAGCACUACAACUUCUCACACACACACACACACACACACUGUCAUGUUCGCUCCCACGCUCCUCAAACAUGUUUGAACCAUUUAAGUCGUUAGAUUACUCGUUGGAAAGAGAAAUAUCCAUGCAAAUUAUUGAAACCAUUAACAUGUUAGAUGUACAGAAAGGUAGUUUGACUCUCUUGUUACUUUGAAGUAUAUUUCUGUUUUUCCAUGUGGAGAAUUAGAUGUGUAAAAAAACUGGAAAAAGAAGCACACACCCUGCUGCUGAACUGUUACUUGAGGGCCUCCCUCCCUCUCCCUGGAUAUCACACUCACUGCUCUCCAACACACAUACAGUUUGACUCGCCUUCUUUUGUCUCAUGGGCUGUUGGAUGUCUGCAGGCGUAGAGCCAGACGGUUUGUAGAAGACAACGCUGUUGUUUUUUUUUUUUCUAAUGAAUUGAAAGAUACUUAAAAGAUAAUGAAUCACAAAUUGUUAAGAAAGUAUUGAGAUGCAAGAAGGGGGAAAUACUGAGGAAGUUGAUUUACAGUGCAGCCCAGUAUAGUCCAUGUUGGAUGUGUUGAUAUAUGGCAGUCUUCCAAAUCUGCUCUCAAUGAACUCCUCUCCUCCCAUGAACACAGACUCCCUCUUUCUCCCUCAUCCUCCUCCUUCCUCAUGUGUCUGAUGUCUGCGUUUGGCAGAGAGUCUGGCCUCCCAGCAUGCUCUCACAUGCUCUUUUAUCCAUCACUCGCCUCUGGCACUGUGGGUCGACCAGCCUCUCUUUUUUUCUCCACCUGCUUCUUUAUCAUCUUUUUGGCUGACCAUGAUCUCUCUUCCCUCCCUGCAGUCUCUCUCUCGCUCUCUCUUUCAGACUGUGAACCUCCUCCAGUCUGUCUCUCUCUGCUUCAAGGCUUUCUUAGCCUGUCUGUCUGUCUCUUGAGGAAGGGUGUUGUCUGUCUCUCCUCUCCUCUCCUCUCCUCUCCUCUCCUCUCCUCUCCUCCUCCUCCCUGUAGUCUCAUCCUUCCCUCUGCUUGCAGAGAGAGAGAGAGAUGAAAAAGGACAAGUGCCAGCAAGGGAACUGAGCUGCUGUGAAGCUAAAUGGCAACAUUUUCGGUCCCCCCAAAAGCAGUUUGAGUAUUGUCAGGGGGGAGAGCACAGAGAGUUCAGUGUAAAGGAAUUGAGUCAUGUGUAGUAGUGUCUUAGGGCGAUCAUUUUGUAGUAGAAAAGCUGAUUAUAGUGUAGUUUUUUCUUUGAUUUCACUACAGUUGUAAAAGCUUGCCUUGAGAUUUUACGGCAGAAAUGUCUGAUAGUGGAUAUUUCACCAGCUGUUGAUUUGUUGGUGUUUAUGACACAUAAGCUAACCAUUAAUUACCUCAUUGUCUUUGUGGUUUAUAGAGUACAUUGUGGGACUUGAUGUAAAAAAUGACUUCUUAGAUAGCCUAGUGGCACAAUUAACCACAUAACACGCCUUGAGUCCAUGAUUUAAAAUCCUUUAAAUUAGAGUACUAACACCGCAAUCAGCUGAGAUUUUAUGUUGAGAGACUGAAUGAGCUAAAGUGGAAACUUCUAGACAGCUAGCAGCUAGAGCCUGUUAUUUAAAAGGUCUAUGUCUCUUACGAUUGUAUAAUUUUAGAGAGUAGGUGAGUUGUGUUUAGUCUCUUUGCUAAAGAAAUUAGGCAAAGCUAAGAGAUGUUUGGUGGCUAGUACUAUGGCUUGGACCCUAUAUGUCCUGUUGAUGAAGUUAGGUGCUGUUCUGAGCAUUAUUUGUGGCUAUAGAGUGGCAUUUUGGUUGAGGUUUGUUCGUGGCUCUUCAGACCGCUGUGUUUUGCUAUCGUGCGGUCAUUACUAAAGUUGGUAUAACUAGAGAAGCAAACAGUCAGCAACAUUCAUCUCUCGAGGGGGUGUCUAACUCCGGGUUACGGUGUGUUUGACCCUAAAUUAAUUUUAUGCCAGAAUAUCCCUUUAACUAAAGCAUGUUAGCAUUAGUAUUUAGCUCAAAGUAACGGUUGCGUCUAAGUAGAGCCUUACCAAACCGCAGCCUUGUCGUUAAAACAUGACGGAUAUGAGUUUGAGCACUGCUGCUUUAAAUAGACUCGCUAUCAUCUGCCUGGUGUUUAACAUGAUAUAAAACAGUGCAGAUUGAUAAGGUGGAGAUCUAGUGUGUGGGGGGAGUGUGGUGGAAAAAGUCAUAGUCCAGUCAGUUUAUCACUUUUGUGCCUCUUUUCAUCUGCGGCUGCCUGCUCAGUGUUUACCUUCCCCGCCAUCCCUCCCUCCCUCUCUUUCCACGUCUUCCCUGCCAGGUUGGCUGUUGUCACCAGUCAGGCUGCUCAGGAAUGCCUCCAGAUGUUUUCUUUAUAUGACUAAGCCAAAUACAUACAUGCACACGCACACACAGACACACACACACAGAGUUUCUUGGAUACAUUUCCUUUCUUGUGCAGAUAAACAGACAGAAAGACUUUGUUUCAGCUUCAGGUGAAUGUGUGUUUCCCCUCAUAGAGAGCAGAUCCAGGAACAGCUCUUGUCUCCUUCUGUUUCAUGCUCCUCAUUAGAAGAGACAAACCCAACCUGACAUCAGAGCCGAGCUUCACAGCAAAUCAGCCGUGCAGACCCAUUUCUAUCGCUUUCCUUCAGAGUUCACACACACACACUUAACACACACACAGUAACUCACACCAACCCACACACUCUCACAGCAUUAAGACAUAGCAGUAUCAGCGCUCAUGCAGCUUUGCAGGACCGUCUUUCCUGAAGCCUAUCUAGGCAGAUACCCCAAUCCUGUCAGAGCAAUUACCCAUAAUUCUCUACUUGGAUAGCAUUUAUACACUCAUGUAGUUCAAUGACAAAUUCAGGGAAUGAUGACUAACCAUAGAAGAAAGUACAUCUCCACAGAGAGGGAUCAUCAUGCGACUUUUGGUGCUUUUCAGUCACUGGCAACGGUGCGUUAUUUUAGCAUCAUGCUAUAAACUCAGCUGUUUGUUAUUCCUGCAGCCUGCAAGAGUGUAUCAGCAAAAAGCAGCAGCUGUUAUGUAGCUAGAAAUGCUGUGGUGGUUUCAGUUCCUGAUCUGAACAUGAUAUAAAUACACUUCUGUUUUUUACAUGGUUUUAAAAGAAAGAAGCAUCAAAGGCCUGCGUGUUGUCUUUGUACCUGUCCUCUCUGCCACAUUGUGAGGUUGAUAGUAGACACGUUUGAUGUACAACUGAGAUUUUAAAGUAGUAAAAAAGUAAAUGUGAGUUUGUAAACUCUGUGUCUUAUUUUAUUGCUGCUUCCUCUUGUUCUUCUGCGAGUUCACAGCAACACAGAGGAAAGGCUUGCUCAUAAUAAUUGGCCUGAAAAGUGAGAAUUAUCACGAUUUAGCUGCACAUAACAGCCAACCUGCAGUUAGCCUGUGAUGUGACACAAUUACUGAGUUGCAGAGAGAUGGUCAAUUUUAAGACCAGUUUUAACACAGUAAUGAUGAUGAUUGGUCUUCCCAUGAAUACAUUGUUUUGUCUGUGAUUGUUCAACAGAUUUUGGCCACAUUUGAUGCAUUGAAACGACAGAAUUCAUUUCAAAACUCUUAAGUGAGGUUUAUUCACUGAUCUAUGAAAUAACCGCAUAGAUUUGACCUUUCUACUUACACCUCUCCCAGUUUUAACAACUUACAGUGCAACAGCUGUUGAAGUUGAAGUAAAACAAUGUAUUAAAUUUGUAUUGAAACUAAUGGCAGCUCUUCGUUUUCUAUUUCUUCGAGCUGAUCUGUUCUUUGUUCAUCUUACACAGCAGUUCUCAAGUAGCUCCAGGACCCACCAGCACCACCUCUGACCCAGAUUUCUGAAAGUUUAAUGCUUGGUGACAACCAGCGAUAAGACGCUCAAGCACCACCAGUUUUGCAGUGUGAAUGUUAUACUGUCCUACCUCUGCCAGUGCAUUGUACAAAACAUUUCACCUUCGAAUAAAGGAACAGGAAAGAAUUUUUACAUUACUUUUUUUCUCUUUCUCUUGUGCACACGUUUGGCCUGCUGGAAAAGUGACCCAUAGUAACCUUCUUUGAGGUCCCAACUUAAAGACCCACUCCGAUGAAAUCAUGUUUUUCUUGAUUUUACAUGUUCAUAUGGCAUUUUUCUGAUGCUACAGGACAUAUCAUGAGAAAAGUAAGUGCAAAAUAACAUUUCUGAGUAUUUCUGCAUUUACGUUGCUGUGAAUCUCUGGCAGACCCUAAUGGCAGGCUCAGAUUCAGUGAGAUUUCCUAUGUCACAAAUCCAAGCUCCGCCCCCGGAGCCCCCCUAUACAGGCCACACUCAAGGAAAUAGAGAGGACGAUCGCGGAACAAGCGUGUGCAUUAGCGGAUUGCAAUGCUCGUAAGAAAGCUUAUCAUGAUAUUAACUUUCAUCAUGUCCCUAAAGACAUUAGUGUCUGAGAGCUGAAUAGCUUCUAUGUUAUCCGCUACUUCUACUACACCGGCAAUGUUAGGCUGCAAGCUAGCUUAACGAGGAGUGUGCAGAGCAGCGCUGUCUCCGCCCACGACUCAGAGGCGAAUUGGUAAUGAUCUACUGGAGCUCUGCAGAAGAAAAGCCCCUCUCAUCAUUCAUUAUUUUCGCUCCCAAAGACCAAAACCGCGCUUCCUCCUCCUUCUACCGCGGUGACGUAAGCGUGUUGUAUCACCUUGAAAAUAAUCAGUGUGAAACAGUGACGAUUUGACAGUGACACAGGUAAUGUGAUUUUGGCAAAAACUUCAUAAUCACAACUUAAAGCCCACUUAUAACACUUUAAGUGGGACUUAAAGUGUCGGUAAAGACCCAGUGUUGGCAGUUUCUGGAAAAAGCUUACACUCAGCUCACUAUAACCUCCCUGAAGAAAUAGAUCUUCAAAUGUUUUGAUCUCAGAAGUCAAAUGUUUCACUCUUGGUCAGUGUCUGUUUACAUUCCCACCUGGACUUAUUUCAUAUUGUUAGUGGAAGGGCCUCGAAGCGUCUCUGUCUGAACUCUGUUUUAGUUUUCCCCCACAGAUGGUUUCCCUUUUCACCUGUGUCCUUGAUACAGGGUGAUAAAUAGCUGUCAGGCAUCCUCACUGACUCGGCAGAACAGGGAUUGGGCUGUGAUUGACAGAUGUUUGGUCUGCCCACUAAGCACUUCUAUAGGGCAGACAGUGAGUGACAGAUGGCCUGUUGAGCUGAGGGACAUCCCCCUGCUGGUCUGAGUCUCUCUGUGUUUAUUCUGAGGAGAAUAGAGGAGAUGUUUGUUCCUCUCCUCAGCAUCCUUUCAUCUCCGUCCAAGGAAACUUCACAGGUUAUUGAUGUGGAGCUGCUUCACCGUGGACAGGCUGAGUUUACAUUCCAACCUCGGAUGUUUGUUAUUUAAUAAUCUCUCCGUCCAACAGGUCUCUCAAUCAUACACUCAUCUUUUUUGCUCUUUCUCAUGGAACAUUUUCUUGCUACCCGACUUUCCAUCGGCUGAAGUUGAGGCUGUAUUAUAAUCACUAUUGUCCCGGCAGACACUUGGAUAAUUUGCUAAUAUGAAUCCUUUUCAUUGCUUAAGAGAGGAUCACUUAGCCCUUAAAUGCCUGAAACCACAAAUUAUGGCCAGAAAAUUUUUUUUUUUGGAGCUGAAACGUUUAUUUCACUUACUACUGAAAACCAAAAAAUCAAUGUCCUCAAAAUUUAACAAAUAUUUAUUUAUCUUGUUUGAUACAUUAGAUGUUUUUGGAGACUGAUAAACUACAAAAGGACAUUUUUGUUAUCGGACUGUAUUCAGGUGUUUUUUUAGUAAUUUGUUGAUCAAAUUGAUUUGAUAGUAUUAUAUAAAAGUUUUAAUCAAAUAUGAUACAAAAGGCAUUAAAGGGUUAUGUCUAUUAAGUCUGUUCUGAGUGAAAAAUAUUGAUCGUGGAGGAAAAAGAGAGUCUAUGUUUGAGCCGGACAAAAUUAUUUCACUUCUGUUCUAAAUGUGAAAGAGGAUGGCAGAGGAAGAGGCCACAACAAGAAGAGUUUUGAAGUAAAAACUGUCGGCGGGUUAGUCAAGAGGAAAUGUCUAUAAGUGAAUGAUAGAGAGGCUACAUCAGGGUUUUUGGAGCAGGGGGUUUCCAGCCACCCAGUCAUAGAUUCAGCUAUUAGGGACAGGACUUCUCUCACAUUGUCUUGUUCUAUUUCCUGGAGCCAAUAUCUCCGUUGUUUGAAAAAUCAAAUAUCAAUACAGAAAAUCAUUGAGUUCGUUGUAGCCCGAUUACCUCAAACUGGUGUUGCUUUUAUAAAAACAAAAUCCCAUCAGUUUGUGGUAAGCGUCUUGUUUCUGGUGCUGUUUUGAAAUGUAUUAGAAAGACAGCGUAACGUUUUUGUCAAUGACAUAGAAAAGUGGCGUUUCAGUUAGCAGCCGCUGAUGUCUGAAGCCUCUCUGAAGACUCUUGAGUUGUCAUAUGUGGUUGCUGAAUCAUUGCCCCUCUUUUCUGUCUUCAUCUUUCUGCCUUUGCUUAUUUGUCUGUUCGGUCUGCUUCAACCCCGUGACCCUCUCAGCUGUGCCUUAUCCGUCUUUCUCCUCCCUCUCUUCCUGUCCCCAUAGUGCUCUCUCUUUGUUUGCCCUCUCUCUCUCUGUCUCUCUUCCUCUCUUUCAGGCCCUCUCUAACCACUUCUCUCUCCGUCUUUUUCAGAAGCGUGACUGGACAAACUGGCUUUUGCUUUCGUCUGUGUGUGUGUGUUUGUUUGUGUGUGUGUGUUUCCAGUCUUGUUUGCUGAUGGUCUGUUCAUAGACGAUUUUCUGUUUGUAUUGGCUUCUUUUACCUUGGAGGGGUUUUUGCAUUGUUACUUUUCAUGUCCCAAACACAUAAAAUCCUGCGUUAGACCAACCAGUUUUUUGAGGACACAUGAAAUGUUUUGUUUUUAUUCCUUUUUCCCCUCUUGUCCACUCAUUUCCCUUGCGUUACACACACUCAUGCCCCCGCACGCUCCCUGUUUCUGCCUCUCUGCCGUGCAGUCAGUCAGUUUGACAUUAAAUCAGAAAUGGUUUUUCUCUGCGGCUUCAUCUUUUCAGCAGAAUAAUACAAAGUGGCCCAUGUGACAGUGAAAAGACAUCUACAGGAAGUACCGUGCAAGAAACAGUAAAUGCAUUACAGAAUCCCUUCUGAGCCUCGUGCUUAUGUCAUACUGUACCCACGUGAGUGUGUUUAUAAGAAAAAAAACCUUCAGUACUCUGAGACACACUGGUAUUUUUUUAUAAAGCAUAUAUAAGGCCAAUUAUUGAGUUAUUUGUCGGUACAAAAUCUGUCUGAGGUUGCAUUUAAAUGAGAGCUCUAUCGAUGUGACUCGUCAGAUUGUGUUCACUGGAUGUUGAAUUUACUCUAAGAGAGCUUAAGGCUCAGUUAGUCUCUACUACUAUCAUAACAGACGCAGCAUAUUAACUGAACAGCUAACAAGUUGCAAAAUGCAAUGUGGCAAAGGUAGAGAAUGCAUGAAUCAAAAAAGUUGAAUAACUACUUUUUUAUUUGUACAUGUUUUACAGAAGAGGUUUUUUCUCUUCAUAACUCAUCUGUUUUCAAAAUGUUUAGAGUAAGAGUUGGGGGAAGUAGCUCAGCUGAGUGAGGGGCAGGAGUGACGUAGUCAUUAGCUGGAAGGCCAAAAACCUCAUGCUGCGUUCGAGUUACCUUGGAAGUCAGAUGGAGCUGAAAAUGACGUCCCAGCGUUUCAGUUACCAAGUCGGAAAAAAGUCGAUCAUCUACAAGUUAUUUCAGCGCUUGCCUUGUCCUUGCUUAUGUUUGGACAAGGCAAGUGCUAAAAUAACUUUUGUAGACAAAGCCAUCUUGUUUCUGCCUCAGAUUUUGCUUUCUGUCGACUUGGUAACCGAAACGCUGGUAACUCGGAUGUGACGUUAUUCCCAGCUUGUACAUCUGACUUCAGAGGUAACUCGAAUGCAGGAUAAUUCCACUUUUUUGAGUGUCUCGUACAGAGCCAUCUCACACUUGCGUUUUACUAUAUCACACAUGCAGUUAAGUAUACCGAAUGCACUUUUUAUACGUAUCUUGUAUGUGCGUUUUAUUUGUAUCUUAAGCAUGCGUUUCUGUAAAUAAUCUUCCACGCGCCACAUUUGUGAGAGAAGAAGGACAGUGCCAUGGACAGAGAUCAUAUUAUCAACAUUUUCCGUCAUUUAGGUAUGACUCACAAAGAGAUACUUAAUAGCUCAGCCAAAUUAGGUAUUGUUUUGAGUAGGAGACACCUCAUCGGGAUUCUGUAAACGCAGCGACUUCGCUGAUAUUCUGACUCACAGGAAGUGAUUUUGUUUAUUUCCAACAGUUAAAUCGCUUGUGGGAAUUAAAAAAAAAAUAGAAGUUCAUGUCACCUCUUGGGCUCUGUCGUCUUCAGAUUAACCAAAAGGUUAUCAUCAUCAUCUCCAACCACUAUUUUGACUUCAAAACCCCUUCAGGAACCCUAUUUCUGAGACCAAGUCCCUAUUUUAUGAUUGUAUUUCAUGAUUUUUUUCUCAUUUGGUCCCAAAUGAGAUGUAUAGAUGAGGACACUCCACAAACAAAGAACUGUAUAUCCUGCAAAAGCUCCAAAGGCGUUGAAUUAACCUUUAUAUUUCUAUCUCAGGGUCUAAUAUGUUAUGAAGAGUAUAGUCAGUUUCCUCCAAAAAUAGUAAAAUCUGUCAUCUGAAACCACCAUCACCAUCAAGAGUACGAAAUUUGAAAGUGAAAGCAGAAGAGAAUGAGAUGUAUUUCCUGUGAAACACCACCUUGGCAUGCAGGACAAAUUAGAAAACACAAGGAGUGCUUCUUUGUCAACAGAGGGCACCAAAAUCAACACAAACCAAAAGUCUCCUCCAGGAGCAGUAAGGGAGAAGCAGAGGUCCUUUAAACAAAGUCUUGACCUGUUUAGAGGAAAUCAACAGAAUAAUUUAACUUUCGUCAUCUCUGACUGUAAUGCACCCUUAAUUUCCUUUUCCUUCUUCCUCUUCCUUUUUUUUUCUCAAGCUUAAUAACCCGCAGUGACUUUUGAGCAGAGCCUAUUUUCUACAUCCAGUAGUAAAAAAGAGAAACCCAGUUACUAUUUCAUUUUCACUUUGCCUCACAUUCAAGAACUCAGACUGAAGUCCUUAGUCAUGUGGGUGAACUGAAGCGCUGAGAGUACACAGAUCACACCCUCGACAUAAACACAUGCUCUGGUCAGAAAUGGGCUGAACUCUCUGGACACACCCCCAAAGAGACGUGUCCUCCCGUUUCACUGGAAAGAGCGUUUAUCUAGAGUGAAUCUCUCCCUUUUUUAUUUGUAUCCACGCCAUUUACACUCACACAACCAGGCCUACAUUAUCUCUGUCAUUAUCGCUCAGUAGGGGUAUACUCCAAGCGUUGACCUCACAGCAGAGAGCAUGCUGAUACACACACAGACACACACACUAAAAACAGCACUUUAACCCCAUGUACUGUCUUGUCCUUCUCUGUCCAGCCUCAGGCCGCUCUAUGCUGCUCACACAGUCUGAUUGAAUUAGAUCCGCUUGGCGCCGUUAUCCAUUGAAUUAGCCCGCCGUUGCUUCCCUGGACACCGCUGCAGAAUAUUCAUCCCUGGGCAUGUUCACUAACAAGCUGCGUGGGCUGAAUCAUUCAUGCCUGUUAGCUGUCGCCAUCUUUUGUAGUGGUACACUGGGUCAAUGAAUGAGUGAGGAUUUAUUCUUGUGCUGUUUGAGUUUCCUCUCUUUUGAUUCGUUGAGAAGGUGUCAGACGUCUGCGUGUCAGCUUCUUUUUCCACGACUUGUUUGUGAUGUGUCAUCUGGAGCUGAUUUUCUUUGCUUUGGGUCCAUAUGUGUGUCAGGAUGUAUUCUAUCAGUGUACACCUCUUUUCACACAAAAUUUGAACUCAUCUUGUGCUGUGAGGGACAGGAGGAGGAGGAGGAACAUUGUGGUCUUGGCUGAGUGAGGCUGGACGACUGUAAUGUGUGAACAAGAAGAAGUUGUGUCAUAUCAGUGCAGAGAAGACUGAGACACUUCAGAGACACACUGGCUGAGUUUUAUUUUUAUCAGGAGGAAGCUUUGAAGUCAGCGUGGGAGGUGAUUGUAACCGCUGAUAGACUUCAUGUUAAAAUGUGGUUAAUCUUGUGAUGGAGCAGUAAGAGCCAUCAUAAUUUUAAUGUUGCCUUGCAUUUACUGUUGUAUCUAAAGAGAAUGUCGGAAAAAAUUGGCAGAUAUUCAAUACAAUACUAUAAAAGAACUUUACUGAUCCCCAAAGGAAAUUCAUUUGUCUGGAAUCUCAUCUCAUCUCAUCUGCUAUUUGUAGAAGAAUUCAAAAGUUGAGCUGCGUUAUGUGGCAGCCAUCUUAGCGGAGGCAACUUUCCCGUUAAAGGCAUUAGAUGUACAUAGGAAAUAAAUAAUAUCUUGCUCAUUUCUCAACCAAUUCUCAUGCAUUCUACUUUUUAUUGUCAACACCAAAACAUAUGCUAUUAAUACAGAGCGUUUGAUUUAAAUAGUAAUAGCACGUUUUGAUAAAGUGGAAUGGCCUCUUGUUGUGUUUCAGUUACCUCGGAAGUCAGAUGUCAGAGCUGGGAAUGAUGUUACACCCUAGUUGACAUAUCAGUAAACAAGUCGGAAAACCAAGAUGGACGCUUACCAUUGUUAGCUGUUGUAACAAUUGUCAGCUGUUGUUAGCCGUUGUUAGCUAAACCAGUUGUAAACAACGCAUAACACAGUAUUUUACUCUUGCAAACACCAUAGCACCAUGUUCACAGUUAGACGUUGGGCAGUACAACAUAUACCAGUUUUUUAAUUUCACAAAAACAUCAGAAGUGCUGAUAAACAAUACAGUACAAGAGCUUUCACUGUUACUCUUUACUGUUGAUGCACUGCGCUGCCAUCUUUGAUCAUGAUGUUGUCGUCAAAUCAGGUUGGCAAGGAUCGUCCGACUUUCCAAGUCAGAAAUCUGACUUCAGGGGGGUGUGCCAGAUGAAUUUCCGACUCGGAGCCCGGAAAAUCCGACUUCCGAGUACAACUGGAAACUUCUUCAGUGUAUCAGUGUGCAUCUCUCCACUGUAUCCUAGCAACAGUAUCGCAGAGAACAUCACACGGAACUUCAGCUGUUGCCUUGGGUGGGAUAUAUGGAAGUAUAUUUUAGUUUCAAACCCAAAUUUGACUCAAUGAUGGCUUCAAUUCUGAGAAAAAUUCAAAUGCCAGAUUAAGAAUACUUAAUACUUAAUAAUACAGAUUACUCAUAUUUUAAGAUAUUGUGUCAUCAAAAACAAAUAUAAUUCCUCUCUGGUUUUCUCACCCAACUUGAUCAAGUCAAUAUGAUUGACACUGCAAGCCUGGUUUCAAGAAGGUUGGGACACUGUGUAAAAAGUUGAUUAAAACAGAACUUAAUGGUUUGAAAUUCAGUGACAUAAUUUUGUGUCAAGAAUAGCACAAAAACAACAUAUAAACUGCUGACAGUGGACUUUCUUUAUAUUUUGUGAGAAACAUUUCCUCACUUUGAAUUUGUUUUCUGCAACAGAUUCAAAAAGCAAGGGUGUUUAACAGAUACACAUUAGAUACUGAUAUCAGCAGUUAGCCCGUAAUCCCCACCAGGUCGAUCAACAGGGAUGAUCAGGGCAUCUCUAGAUAUUACUCAGAACUUAUCGGAAAUGUGGUUUUCCUCUUCCUUCAGGACUUGGCACAUGCUCACAGUGCCAACGCUACUGCCAAAUGGUUUGCUGACCAUAUAACUGCAGAUGUAGUGUUUUCAGCUGCAACAGGUAUGCCAAAAUCAGACCUAGGUGCAUGUUUCACCAGAGAUAGUAAGAAAGCAAGUUAUGUAAAGCUAUUAAUAUUUAUAGUGACUGUGAUUUUUGUAUCCGCUUACUUUUAGCUGGUAAGUUCCAGGAUACCGCUCAACCCAAAUUCCAAGAAACUCUGGUCUACUAAUUCUACCUUUUCAAAUUACAGGAAGUACAGUGCUUUUCUUAUCAGGCUUACACAGAUCUGCUGCUGAGCAGAGAGGGAUGAGUCAUGAGUGGGACAGACAAACUAGAAAAUUACCAGCGUUUUUUUGUGAGAGGCAUAAUUCCCCCUCAUUUUAAUGCCUGGAUUCCUCUCUAACAACAAAACUCAUUGUACGUUUCCUUCAAAUUGCACUGAUUUCCUAACGUUUUAAUGUAAUCUGUGGUCAUACAGCAAAGGCAACGGUUUAUCCCUGUCUUAAUGUGUGUCCUAGCUUUUGUCUCUUCAGUUUCCUUAUUGAAGCGACUCUUCACUUAAUGAAGGAAAACCGAAACAGCAGGUCAUGAUAAUUAAAAAGUGAACUGAGUCGAUAACUGUAACUGAGGAUGAGCUUCUGUUUAUUUUUUACUAUGACUUAACAGUUUCACAAUAAGGAUUCUUCAGCGUCCUUAUUUACAAGUUCUGAGGGAGUUAGUUUGAGAGGUUAGCAUUAGUGCAUCCACCCUGUGCUAUGUACCGUAUAUAAAGAUGUGAUCAUGUUUUCAGAUGAGACUGUAUCCCAUAUUGUUUCUGUAGGGGAAGGGGAAUCACCUCAGGGGUUUGUACUGUAAAUGUAGAGCCCAAAGGAAACAACAGGUCAAGUGGGAAACAGAAAUUCGUCCCAGUUUUACUCUCUGGCUUUGAUCCAAUACUUCGAAAACGCAUCCUCCCCAGCCUGUUUCCACCCCCAUGAUUUUAUCACCGUCCCAGUGAGAGGGAAAAAAAACUGUCACAAAUUCAUAUUAAGCCAGAUCUGAUAACAUUAUUGUGAUGACAUCAUUGAGGCUUACUGCUGUAGAUCUAAGAUUGAUUUACAAAAAGCUCUGAGGAAGAGGCGGAGGAUGUAUUCUUGCCGUUUGGUCUCUGUCCCCCUUUUCUCUGCACUGACAGCAGCAAAAAUCGCAAAGGAAACAGGAAAGGCCUGAGCAGCUUGGUGUCGGGACGGAUAUCCUCUUUGGGAGGCGUUCCCCCUCCUCCCUCUCUUAACUCUCCCUCUCUUUAUCUCCCCUUUUAUCGUUUUUUCGACCCCCUCAACCCAUUUUACUCCUCUUUGUGUGGCACUAGCAGUGUGGCAGAGCUCUGGGACUGUACCAAGACUUUCUCUGGUUCUGGUGUGUUUUUUUGGGGUCUUCAAACCUGAGUGAACUAUGUGUUGGCAUGGUGACGAGGAGGAUGAGGACAGCUCAGAGGUGAAGCGUUUGUUGUCUUGUUUGUUGGCGUUAUAGUGACUGUGAUUUUGAGCUAUUUACGCGCUCUUCUUCUUCUUCUUCUGCUGUGUUUCUGUCAGGUUUCUGUCUGGGUCAGGCUUUUUGACAGGGAGUGACUUUUGAAAAGAUGCAGGAAGUGAGUGAAAAGCUUAAGCAGGAGUGGAGCCCCAUUGUUUACACGUGCUUGGCUGUUAUUCACUGGAGUUCAGAUGUUUAGAAGAUUUGUCACACAGUAAAGAAGCACAAGUUCAUGAGGACAUGCUGAGAUAGAGAGCGGACAGUACAGGUCAUGAGACGGAUUUCAUUUGAUGUUAGUGAGUUUCCAUGUAUACUGGUCUGGUUUCCAGUCUUAAAAACAGUGUUUCCAGUAGUUUUCUCCAACGAUUGUAAUCCCGACGUUCCUCCAAUGAGCCUGAACGACAUUUGAGUUUUGUUCUGAAACAUUAGGUGAAAAGGUUAAUCAUUCCUCACUGCUUUUCCUUUCGAUUUUUCCCGUCCUUUUCCUUGUUGAACAUUUUCUACCCUACUUUGCCCCUUUUUCCUCCUCCCCCACCUCCAAUUGCCAUCGCCUCUCCCUCUUUAUCUCUUUCCUCCCAUUAUCGCCUUAUCCUGCUCACCAUCUUUUCCUCUCCUUCAGACAUCAUUCUCAACACCUCUUCUCACCAGGCUGACCUCGAAAUGAAGAUUUUUUCUUUUUCAUUGCCACGUCACACCUAACUCCUUUUAUCCUUUUUGUCCUACAGAGUGAUCCAGGUGGGCUCUCGGUUCUGGAGCAGCUUGGUCUGGACCAGAAUUCCGAUUUCUCCGACUCCAGUGUGCAGCAGCUGUUGGACGAGCAGCGCGAAAGGAUCCGUAGAGAGAUUCGUAAAGAGCUAAAAAUCAAGGAGGGAGCUGAGAAUCUACGCAGAGCGACGACUGACAAGAGGAACGCACAGCAGGUUGGUCACUGGAAGAACGUCACCGAGUGCUUAUCAUUCAGGACAUGUUGGGAACCAAGAGUUUUAGGUUGUUCACACUGCAGGUCAGUUCCGAUUUUUUAACCAUAUGUGACACAUAUCAGAUUUUUUUCAUGUAAGUGCGAACAGUGCAAUUCAGAUUUUUUCAAAUCUGACCCAGGCCUCUUUUGUAUGUGGAUAUAAAUCUGAUACGUAUCCGAUGUGACUGCAGUGUGGGGGCUCAGGUCACGUUCAUCCGACCUAUACGUCAUCAAUAUGCGACAAACAUCACCAUUGUUCGACAACACAAACAGGCGCUGAAAGCAAUUUGUUCUUUGUGCGCAUGCGGGUCUCUUCAUGGAUGCAUUCCAUUCACAUUAUAUGCCGCAUUUGUUGUUGUUGUAAUGUGAACGACCGCACAAAAAGAUCGGAUUUAACAAAAAAUCUGAAUUGUGCAUCAUAACCUGCAGUGUGAAUGUAGCCUUAUAUUUCAUCAAAUCAGCUCAUUUUCUUAUUAUAUGUGAAAUAAAUCUCAGUUUCGCUCUGUAAUAGAAAGACAACAAAGCUACACGAACACAUCUGUACUUGGUCAGUUUGCUCAGAACAACAAGGCGCUGUCUGUACUUUCUCUCUGGCAGCUGAAGGUGUUAAAAGGAGAAUGAAAUUUUCAAGCAAAUGGAGUCAGGUAGUUCUCUCCAGCUUAAAGGCAGAGCAAUAAACAAGACAGUAAUUACUUGUCUGAACUGCAACACUGAUGAAAAAGUCAAUAGGCCUGAACAUAACCAGAUAGAUUCAUUGAUCACUGCACGGGUGUAUUUAUCAGGAUUAGUAGCCUUGUCACAGAUCUCAUUUCCCACGGUAAGCUUUGAUGCUAUUGUGUGUGAUUUUUUUUUUAUUUGGUCAUGUUGUGGUUUAACGUUAGCCCUGUGGGGUUCAUCUCAAGAGGGAGUUAAUCACUUCCAUGAGGUGUGUUAAAUUUGCUGCCCCAUUUUGUAACCUGUGAUCAUAGUCUAAGUUCGGUAGCCUCCUAUUUUGUAGGUACAUUUAGUCGCUGCUAUUUACUCGCCUGUCUGUCUUUGUGUGGCUGCAGUCAAUACUCCUGUAGUAAGGAGUGCUGUGUUGAGUUACAACCAUUGUUUAUUUAUGUUUUAGGGGUGUGGGUGAUACAGUUGUAUGUUUUUCCCCUGUUCUGUUUGGUGAAUCUACUAAAAGCCAACAAGACUAGCUUGGUCUUGGGGAUUAGAAGUACAAAUGCAGCCUUCAGGAAGCAGAGGCAUUUGGAGAAGGGGGGCUCCAGCAUUGCUGCGUCUCCAUCAGGGAUUUUGCGUGCUGUGUUUUGUUAAUAUCAAUGAAUAUCAACCUCUGGUAGAGUCAAGUCAAGUUUAUUUAUAAAGCACCUUUGAGAAGACAGCAGUCAAACAAAAUGCUGUACAUAGGAUAAAUAAAAGAAGUAAUAAAUAGAUAACAGUAAAAUUAAAAACAGUGGAAUAAAAUACAGACAGUAAAAGAAUAAGAGCUACAAUGCCUAUGAUUCAUUUGUGCUCAUUUAUUAAAGGCAAAGGGAAAAGGUGGGUCUUUAAGGAUGAUCUAAAAGUCUGUAGGGUCUGUGAGGCUCUAAUAUAGUCAGGUAAACUGUUCCAGAGUUCUUAAGGCUCUGGCUGGGGAGUGGUGAUGCAGGAGCUAUGACAGGUACAGAAGGGCAAGACCAUUGAGGACCAUUUAAAAGACCAUUUAAAACCAAUGCAAAAGCAGACUGAGACCCAGUGAAGGGUCCCUAAAAUUGGGGUUAUGUGGUUGCGCUUUUUCUUGCCAUAGAGGAGUCGAGCAGCAGCAUUUUGGAUGAGCUGAAGAUGGUUGAUGAAUGACUUGUCCAAGCCUGCUAACAAGGAGUUGCAGUGAUCUAUUCGUGAUGUUAGAGUUUGAAGUUGUUUUCUGUGAUUUUAUCCACUGCUAGCUCAAUAGGGUCACCGUAUGGCAGGGCAUAACAAGUUAGACAGUAUCAUUGUGUGUUGACAGACUGCUGCUUUAUAGUCGGGAACAGGUACAGUAAGGUUCCCUCAGCUGUUUUAACUCCAGUGUUUUCACCAGCUUCAGAUUGAAAAUAUCAUAUCUGAACCCGAGUUCAUAAACCAAGGUUUGGUUUAGUAGGUCAGUGUCAAAAUGUACCUCCUGUUUUUGCAGAAAUAAUAUGUCCCUGCAUUGUUUUUGCCCACAGGUGGACAAUCAGUUGCGUUCUUCAAACCGGAAGCUUGACAACCUUCAUGCUCAGCUGCAAGAACUGGACGCUCACAUAGUGGUGAAAGGAGGAGAGGAAAAUAAAGGUAUCUGUGUAAACUGGCUCUUGUGAUUUUCAGAUCUACCCUCUGCUUUGGUUCCUCUGAACUUAAGAAGGUUUCAGAUCAGUGGGCAGAACUGUUGUCCUCAAUUAGACAUGGCUUGGUUCAGUGUCCCAAGGGUUAUAUUGCCAUUUUGCAACCGUGUAGCUGAUAAUAUUAAUUUCUAUGAAUAGACAUCAACAUGAAAGUGAAGAUAAUAAUCCAAUCCAGCUUUUGCCAGCAAGAGUUUCAAGAUUAUAAGCAUCACCAAACCAUAUUAUUCUUUAAAAGCCCAAGAUGUACAUUUAUUUAGACAAGACAUCUUAACAAUUUGCAUUCAAGUUUAAGGUUGUCAGCAGCUUGAAAAAGAAGAUUUGAUUAAUAAUCUGCCUUCAUUAGAGCAUGACGUUUAUAAAACGUUUUAAAUCAUGGAAUCUGUUUAGCCAGACACAUACCACACAUAAGCAUAUGAGUAAAUUUUCUGUAAACCGUCUUUCCAGUAAAUCACUUCUCUGUAAACCAAGUUCGUGUAAAUGGAGCCAAAGACUACAGGGCAAUGAAAAUAAUACUGCCAGAUGAUUUGUCUUUUCCUGUUCCAUCUGGGUGGGACACCAUGUAAAGAAGCCAGAGCCUUGUUUAAAUUAUCUGUCUGUUACCAGCUGAUACAACAUGCGGUGGACCUUAAAUCAAAAGAAAGACAGUUACGGAGUCAUUAGAUCUGUUCCCACUAUCCUAACCCCACGAAUGCUGCCACAGGACUUCAAGGAUAAAACAAUGUUUUCUUGGCAUUACAUUCAAACCCCCCAGAGAGUAUUUUCACUUUAGGGCACACCGUGUGAACCCUCAUCUUGUUCCUUUUUAUAUCAUAUCUUUUUCCCUUCCUCCACAGAUGAGUGUCCUCAGUCUCCAGGGGCAGAGAGCCGUACGUCAGCUCACAAGGAACGCAUCGCUGCCCUGGAGAGGCAGCUCAACAUCGAGCUCAAAGUCAAACAGGGAGUUGAAAACAUGAUCCCCAUCUACUCUAAUGGAUCCACCAAGGUACGGGACAUUGAUCUAAUCCAUAGUCACACUGAAAUGCACCUGCGCACAGCCUAACAGAACACAUGUGUAAAUGUACAAUAAUCUAACCUUAAAAUACAUUAACACGGCUACACAUGCACAUAAUCAACAAGGUUAAGUGAAGAGCACUUUGUAGGGGGUGGAACUCAUUUCCUCCUUCCCCCAGCUGCUUGAUAACUAACAGUGUUUUGUCUAUGUGAAUGCAUCUUCAUGAUACAUAACCUUGCGGUCUGCUGACUCAGGUUGAAAUCCCUGAAUGUGUAGGGAUACAGCAAAAUCCUCCCCCUUAUCUACAACCCUUCUCCCAUAAUGACUCCCCCCUUCCUCCUUAAAAGCAGCGUCUGUUUCACCUUACCAUUUCACCUUCCUCCCACGUUAUUUCACUUCCUAUUGUACUGCAUGGAGGCCCUUUAAUUUAACAUCCACUGCUGUAAAUCAACACACAGUUUAGAAGAAUUGCACUGUGGCGUAAUUACUUGAUUAAUUUUAACAUUCAUUAUCAGCUUUCUUAUUGUGUCUUUGCUCCCGUCAGGAUAAGAAGAUGCUGCAGACGGCCCAGCAGAUGCUGCAGGACAGUAAAACCAAAAUCGACAUAAUUCGCAUGCAGAUCCGCAAGGCUGUGCAAGCCACUGAGCACAACGAUGACACACAGGGUGAGUCUGAAGUGCCAGAUGAAUGAAUGCAGAAAUACUUUUGACCUGAUGUUGACAGUGAAGUAGGUAUUUGUCUCAUAAACCGACAUGUUAUUGUCGUCUGCUUCAUUCACACCAAUGAGCAAUUUUUUUCUUGCGAAGUCACACUGAGGGUAGAAAGCCCAAAUAUCAACAGCCAUUGUUAGUAUUCAACCACCCUAUAGCUAUCAUUAUUAUUACAGUUUGAUAGAUCUACACUCUCUGUGUGAUGAAAAUAUAAAUAAAUAUACAUAUUUAUAUAUUUAUUUGAAUUUGCUCCUGUGGUGAUGUCACAACAGGACUUCAUUUCACCUUCCCUUAAAGGUGGGGUUGGCAGGAUCUGAGGAAGUGCCAGUUUUUGGGAGAAAUCUUGAAUGUAAACUCUACCCCUCCCAACCAGUUUUCCCCACAGCUCCUCUUCUCCCCUCCCUCUCUGUUCCUGCAAGCCCCACCCACAAAUAGAUGCUCCUGCUCACUCGUAUCGUUCCAAUUAAAUUCAGAUAAUUACAAAUGGGGCCCAGUCAAUGUGAAAGUAGAAAGCAUUGGUACUACUGUAGAUGCCAACAGACUUCUACAACUAGGAUAAAGUGACAUAGUCCAGGACCCGAGGUCAACAGUUUAGCGAUGGCGCUACAACACGCAGCAGGUCCCGUUUGACAAGAAACACUUCUGUUACAGACACUUGGCAUACUUUGUUAAAGCGGUUUACCUGUCCAGCAUAAAGGUUACAGAGUCCGUAAGAUCCCGACGUGUCCCCGAAGCAUUUAUGUUGCAUUGAUGUUGACCCGGUGUUUUAGCUCUUGUCUACCUCCUUUUGAAGCGCCUGUUAUUCCGCCAGAGUCAGAACAAAUUUACUUCGUUUUCUUGCUUGUGUCGGCAGUCAAGGCCAAAGGAGGAUUCAGACUUACUUCUGGGGGACCAAAGACAACAGUGGUUGCUUUAAUGUUAUGGUUGUUAAGGAUUUGUUUGUUUGUGCCUAAUACCUCACUUCAGACUGCUUUAAGCGACUCCCAACAGUAGGAAUAACACUCAGAGACAUGCUGUUGUACCUGCAGCUGCAACAUUUCAACAGCUGUGAACUCUGGAUCGGGGUCAGAUUCAGGAUCAUAUGUUGUAGUGUGCUGGUGCUGAUUCUCCUAGAGCACACGUCAAGUUUGUUUUGAUGUUUUUCUCCUUCUUUGUCAUUCCACACAAUGUACACUGGUCUGCACCAUUCUGAGAUUCAGACAGCCAAUCAUUGCAGCUCCCUCCCUCCUUUCACUGCGUGGAUAAUUAGGGUAGGAAAUAAGAGGCUGCGGAUUCCUCGCCAAAUCCAAAUUUGUCACGUUUUUGCAACUGCAUUCAUAAUCUUGCUUAGAGGACAAUUAGGGCAUACUUUAAGAGCUAAAAAUACCAUUAAAUGGGACCUUGAUUUUCAGAUUUCAUCAGUGAUUGUGGGUAUGCUGAGAGCGGUCAGCUGGCACUGACAGGAUCCUCUCUUCAUGUGAUGGGCCAUCUUGCUUUCUUUGUCUCUACAUGUCAUAAACAGUUUGAGCUGAGCGGCGGCAGCAGCAGCAGACAGCAGACCCAGAGCUGCACAAACAGAUCAAUAAAGAGCCUGCCCAGUGUUUUCACAUCUAUAACAUCUCUGAGUUUUAUGAGGAGGAAGAUGAAGAGGACAGUCAGGGUUGAUUCACUGUAGACUGUGUGAGCGUGUGCUUUAUUUGUGAGUGAUACACAGCCUCUGUGAAGGCCCACCUGGCACAUUAACACAAUCAAUGAAACUCACUCUAAAAUGAACUCGGAGACAGUCCAGCUGUCUAAUAAAAGGACUGGCAGAUAAAAAGUGUCUUUCACACACAAAACUGUACAGCCACACACCCACAAAGGACAUGUUUUUAAUGUGCCGAAUCUGUUCAUGCAGGAUAAGAUACAAUGAAAAUGUGACAUCGCUUAAAAACUCCGUACGUUGUGGGAGGUGGAUCGUGGCAUUCAGGAGAGACGGUUUUCUAAAGGACUGUUAGAUGUGAGCCAUUAUGCUCCCCUGUCGGAAAAGCCGGUUGAUUGAUUAUAUUCAGGAGAGGUGGGUGAUUUGGAGCAGGGGGCAGGAGAAGAGUGGUGGGAGGGGGGGGGAACAGUAAAAGCCAGAUUUUCAAGCUUAAAAGGGCCAUCUCUUCCUUUCUGCUCCUAUCAGAUUGAGGGCUAUUUAAAGAGAUGGUGAGUUUAAUGGCUACGGCGAUAAAAGCAAGUUGUAAUGAUUUUUAAAAGGGCUGUACAUUAUCCUUAUGUGUCCUCCCUGUAAAAAAAACCUCGUAGGUCUUUAGUGAUCUGAAACUCUGCCGGCUGAAACCAAAUAAAUCUUUGGUUGUUUACUCUGCUUUUCAUCUCUGCUUGGAAUUAAAACGAUCAUUCUCUUGUCUUAUCUAUGAUGAUUUACUUUUUUAAACUCCACGUAUUGAAGUAAAAACAGACCUAGAUAACACAAGAAUGAGGGAACCUCUAUUUCACUUUUCUCUUUGGUUACUUCCUCCUCUUGUGCUGGUGUCUGUGGUGUCUGUGUCUGUGGAUUUUUCCUGGUUAAUCUAUCUGUUCUUUAAAACCACACACACCCAGACUCACACUCACUCACGGGUUGUGUGUAUAGUGUACACAGACAGACAGUCUCCAGGCACCACACCCGGUGGAGGGGUCAUCUAGCAAGGUCUGGACUCGAGGCAGAACACCUUAUUAGGAGAUAAAAGCACCCACAUCCAUUCCCAAACCUACCUCCCUCUUCUCCCUUCUUCCUUCCCCUGCCUCAUGUGGCUUUUUGAGCCGCUCAUAACUCACAAAAAUCAUUCAUCACUCGUGUCCUCGUGUCCUUUCUGUUCUCCCUCCUACCUGACCCCUCAUUUGAAAGUCAAAUGCACCUUUUUUUAAAACACUGAUUAUCCUAUUUUCCUCUUCCUUAUCUCUUACCGCCUCUUCUCUUCUCUUGUCUUUGUGCUCUGUUUGUUUCCCACUGUUAAACCUGCUACUGGGCCAUUAAGCCACCCACUUAGCUGUAAUUGUGCUUCAUGGGGGUUACUCUGAGGCUGACCUGGGUCUGUUUAUGUAAGUGAAGGGAGCACGAGUGUGUUUUAUCCUUUUGACUGAAAGCACUGCACCUAAUUGGCUGCUUUAAUCGAGUAACUGCUACUAUGGAUGUCUAUUUUAUGGGUGAAACAAACAAUGGCUGAGAGUUUUAUCAGUGACAGUCAUUUAUUUUGAAGCAGCUGUUUAUACACAUUGUAGAGUGACUGAAACUUGGAAGUUUAUUGGAUAUAAAAAAAAGACUCUUGUUGAGGGUGUCCAAGGAGCGUUUUUUUUUUUUGUUGUUGUUGGAUGGUAGGGGAAGUUUCCACCUCCUUCGCCUCUGAUUGGCUAGAAAAGCUCGAAACAUCAUCACAUGCUCACGCCAAAUGUGGGCUGUCAGCUCUGUACAUCGAACAGAACAUUACCGCACUUCUGAAUCUCCUAACUCUUAUCCUAAUCCUAACCCUAACCUGACGGACGAUGACGUUUUACAACCAUAAGGAAUAACCAAUCGGAGCCCAGCACUUCUAGCCAAUCAGAGGCAAAGGAGGGCGGGACCUUCCCCUACCAUCUUACAAAAAUAAAAAUUGCGUCUGGCAAAGUUUGUAAAAUCCGUCAAAUAUCUGCGGUUUUGUACGUAAGUUUUGAUUAUGUGUCACGUGGUUUACUGAGUGAGAAGGGUGUAAAGGACACUCAAUCCAAAUCCCAAAAACUCUCAAAAUUAACUUUGUGCGACACCGUGACUCCGCCCCCGCGUAGCCGUGUCCUCUUUUUGGGAAUCAGAAUAUGGUCACCCUACCCUUGUUCGCUUUUGCCUCUUUGUCAUUCAUAUAAUCCCUAAAUAAACUCCAGCCUUCAUGAUCAAAUAGGUGACUUUAUUACAAGGGUAAAUGUUUUCAUUACUUUAUAAUUAUUUGAAAGUGCAGGUAACACUUCUGUCUGUUUUCUCUGUAACUUAACAAACUGGAGUGAAACCAAAGUGGGUAUUGAUUGCUCUGUUUGCUGUUUUUUAACCAGAGGUUGGCACCAGAGUUAAUGUUGUUUACUGGGGAACACUCAGCAGCUGUUUACCUCCCUCCAGACGCUGCUAAUGGCUGCUUUUUCUGGCUCUUGUGUAAUGUACGACAUGCAUUAAGACAUUAACCUUACUUGUAUACACAGGGGAGCUGUCCAACCAAAAUAAAAGGCUGGUCUUUGCAGGUGCAGGUCUAGACUUCAGACUACAGAAAACAACUGUGCAAAAUGUGCAAAUGUGAUUAAUAAAUAAAAGUUACUGUGUUGUCUCUUUUCCAAUCACUGCAGGUAACCAGGACCUCUGUGGAGUGGAGCUGCGUAUUGAGGAGCUGAGGCAUCACUACAGAGUGGAACAUGCAGUUGCUGAGGGGGCCAAAAAUGUGCUCAGGCUCCUGGGGGCAAGCAAAGUCCAGGACAAGAAAGCCCUAUCUGAGGUGAGACUCAUAAUGAUACACACAUGACACUAAAAACCUCUUAAAACCACGUAUCACUUUGCUGUAAGUUUAGAUGUUGAACAGGGUGAGGUUCACUUACCACCUGUCUCUAUUUAAAAAUCAGUUUUUACAGGCAACAAAACAGCUAAAUCAGAUAUUUCCACAAAAAGACCUGCAAAGUAAUACCUGUUCUGAUGAUUCAAGGACUUGAAAUAGAGACAAUUUUUGAAGGCAGCACAAAACAAGUAAAUGUGUAACAGUGCCAAAAGCAAUAAAAACACAUUUUAAAGUGUGUUAGGAGCCUCCUCAGACUUCCUUUCUUACAGAUUUUGCUUAAAUAGUUUUCUCAAGAACUCUUUAUCACUGUUGGGAAAGUGACUUUAACAUGACAGGGAAGUGAAGUGUGUUUUCUGUGAGGUUAGAUAAAGUAAGAGAGGACUCAAACACGUAUCUGUGACAACACUCCACAGGCCCAGUCUCGUCUGAGUGAGGCGUCUCAGCGGUUGGACCUGCUGAGGGACUCUCUGGACCAGCGUCUCGCAGAGCUGCCAGAGGACCAUCCCAAAGCCAACGUCAUCAAAGAGGAGUUGGUCCUGGCCUCCUCUCCUGCCUUUAGCUCUCGCCAUGGCGCCCCCUACCUCCAUAACCAGUACAGCACACUCAACAAACCCUCACCUCUGACUGGUGAGUAAAAUUAAACAAAACUGUGCAUAAAACAGGAGAAAAAGUACAAAGAAAUUUACAACAACUGAAACCAAACCAAAAACACAUAUUCAUUUUAAUGUUUUUAAGAUGAUAAUGAAAAUAACAUGAAAUAUAAUGUUAGAAAAUAUCUACAAUUGACCAAUGACCUUGCAUGAAACCAUAGCAAACCUUGUGUCAACACCAAAGACAUACAUUCGGUAUUUACAGUGACUAAACAUGGCAGUAAAAACCACAUAGAUUCUUAUCUCCAAUGACGUAUGAAUUUAGAGGAGCUAAAAACAUUUGGUUAGUCUUGUUGUAGUGUAGUGUCCCCGUAUUUGCUCCUCAGAUGGAUCUUGAUCUCGUCAAACAUGACUCUGCCCAGAAGAGCUUAGACAUGUUUACAGACAUUUAACUGUCUUAAUGAAGAGAAAAUAAAGUCGUGCUGAAAAAGAAGUCAGAGCUUAGAAUUGGAUAAACAUUUCUAUUCCUUCAUUAUCAAAUACAAUUAAUAAUGCCACAGUUAGGCACUACGUACGCACUUAAAAGCACAGCAUGUGUGCUCAGAGCUCAUAAGGGUAUGUGUGUACAGGUGUAUGAUGGCUGUUAAUUGAUUUUCAAGAUGCGUAUCCUGCUUGUUGUUUGUGUCUCCCUGGAGAAGAGGACUUCAAUCUUUUCAAAGUGCACAUUACUUUGUAAAUCAGUUUGUUAAUGUUGAUCUGUUUUUGUUUUCAGAUGUCUUUUCUAUCUUGUGUUUGGCCGUUAGGUGCUGUUGUGUUAGGUCGACAUGCCUGACUUGUUUUGUUUUGAUUCCAGGUACCUUACAGGUGCAGCUGCUGGGCUGUGUGGGGUUGUUAGAGGUGGUACCAGGCCGUAACAAAGGCACAGCUCUCACGCUGCCGUGCUACAGCCCCGGAGACACCCGGUCCUUCAUGAGAGGCAGCAAAGGACUGUACGGCCGGAGCGGAUCAGUCAGCGGAAAAACGCCCAGCAAGAUGGAUGAGCUCAGCUGUAAGUCAUAUGUGUGUGUGUAGGGCUAAAGCCAUAGAGCAGCAUUGGGUAUCACAUACAGUAUUUUGAGCGUAGCAGCAGCGUGGUGCAGCUCCGGUCAGCUGGGCUCAGUAUAGAUGAAACAACAUGCUCACAACAGGUUGUUUCGGUGGUCUACUUCCUGUUCAUUUGGAUAUAAUUCAGGGACUGUUGAGCCUCUACUGUAUGUGGAAAAGCAACAUGAUAUUAUAGUUUCGCUUUUUGCAGGUUUACUCGUGUUUAAUAAAGUAAACUAUGUUCCUUUAUGCUGUGCUGUUACCUUCAGACAGAGUUAGCAGUUAAAAGUCCUGAUCAGGGAUUGACCAUUGGAUUGUUCUGUGUUCCUGGUGAAUCCAUAAACCAGGAAGUAUUUCUCAUCCUUACGAACUGAUACACGGUCAGGAGUUCGCAUAUGGUGUUUUAUUUUGAAAUACCGGAUGACGUGCAUGUUUUUCUUCCUCGAUAUCCUGUCUAGAACGAUCUUCUCUGAGUAGAUUGACACGUAUUGGAAGCGUAGAGCAGCAAAAAUAGACUUGUCGCGUAUCUUUAGCAGUGCUGCUCUCGAUACGAUGCUGCAACGGAGCUGAAACGCGUCCUGUCUGCUUUGCUACAUUGAUUAGAAUGGCAACCUAUUUGCUGCGUGAUCCGUGACGCUGCUGCCACGCUCCAAAUCCUGUAUGUUUUAGCCUGAAGUUUCCUGUGUAGGUGGAAGGUGUAAUAUGAUUAGUAAAGAAAUGAAAUAAUCUUACAUUUACAACUUUUCAUUCACAGAUAGUUCUCUUUUAUCUGUCAGUUUAAUAUCUCAGGUCUUUACGGCUUCAUGACUGUCACCUUCACUUUGCAGUAGUUAGGUGAGAUCCUGCAGCAUCAGCAAGUUUAGCCACACCGCCUCAGUUGCCUGAGUUGGCACUUCAUAACCAGCCCUCCUUAAGCUCAGCAGAGUCUCCGAGGAAAUUAAAGACCACUAUCAAUCAAUACGUAGCUUGUUUCAUUGAAGUGCGAGCUCAGAGUGGCUCUAAUUGUUUUACAGCAGUCAGGGUUAAAGUGCCAGGUCCUGUAUAGGAAUGUCACCUAUAGGGGGGGAAAUCAAAUUUGCUGAUGUGAUGUGAUUUGUGCAGCUGAGGUGAGUGCUGUGCUGAAGCUGGAUAACUCGGUGGUGGGUCAGACCCCUUGGAGGACAGUUGGAGAGCAAGCCUGGGACCAGACCUUCACUGUGGAGCUGGAACGGGUCAGUACAUACAGCAUAUGUUCCAGUGUCAUACAUGUUUUUCAGUGUCGAUAGAACCAUCUUUUUAAUAUCGUACGUGUGUGUUUUAGUCAAGAGAGAUGGAGAUUGCUGUUUACUGGAAGGACUACCGCUCGUUGUGUGCUCUGAAGUACCUAAAGCUGGAGGAGUUCCUGGACAACCAGAAACACACAGUUCAGCUGGAGCUGGAGCCUCAGGGCCUGCUGCUGGCUGAGGUACACACAUCGAACUCUCACUCACAAACCCGAAAUACACACAACAAAAUCUGCCAUAAAUAGACCUCAACUUAAAUCUCUAACAGUCGGGUUGUUUCUCAAAGCAGUUUUCUGACACACUGGGAAAUGUCUGGAAAAUUUAAGGAGGGAAUUUACCUGAUAUUGUCACAGAAUGUUUGAGGGAAAAUUACUGAUAUUGUUAUUUUAAAAAAGCCAAAAAAUCUUUGUCACAAGGGACAGCCUCAUGAGUGGACUAAGACACCUUUGUAUACAUGACAACAAGCGACAUUACAAAGACAAAACACUCAAAGACAUUCAAAUGUGUACAUGUACACACACACAAAUACACACAUAAACACUCAUACACAGGCACACACACACACAGGUUGUCACACACCUGUGCUGAAAAACACCUCUUUGAUAAAUCAAACAUGAAAGGUUCAAUUAUCAGGCUGUGAUGUCUAAAAAAACACAAUGUGGAUGUGUCAGUGUCUCAUCUCUGUGUGUGUCUGUGUGUGUGUCUGUGUGUGUUUUUCAGGUGACCUUCUUUAAUCCUGUCAUAGAGAGAGUUCCUCGUCUGCAGAGACAGAAGAAGGUCUUUUCCAAGCAGCAAGGUGAGGAGAGAACACAGAGGAGAAACGGAGAUUUGAAAUGUUUGAUGAUCUUGAAAAGGAUCGCACCCUUUGUUAUCUCAAAGUUCACACACAAAUGAGUAAAGCCAGGGUGAGAGAAGCGAUGGUGUGCUAAUUUUACUCCGGACCACAGCACCAUCUAGUGGUGAAAAAAAAAACUUUUUUUGAUGAUGAUGGCAACAAACACAAGAUGGACUUCACAAAUAAAAUUAAUUCAUGAAGCACUGCAGCACAGGUCCAUGAAAUAGUUAAUUAAAAAGUGGAAAAAUUAUAUAUGUUUUUACAUUAAAUGAACUGGUAUUUUAAUAAAUUAAUGACACAUUUAAGUAUUUAUUUAAAGACAUAUUUAGAUAUUUCAUUCUGUUUCUUUUCGUCCUCCAUACUGUAGUGGUACCUGUCUUUGUUUAUGUGUUGUCAAUGUUAUUCUGACUCUAGAUUAUAUCCCAAAACUACGGUGGCCCUGAGAUGCAAAUCACAACGGCAAAAGAGAAAACACAACACAAAAAGAGAAAACACAAUGAUUAAUUUUGUUGUGUUUUCUGAUUUGCCUUUGUGUUUUGCACCUCAGGGCCACCAUACAAAACUGUGACGGUUUAUUUUUUUUAAAAUUAUUUUGCUGCAACAGACAUAAUUCUAAUAAAACCAGACCAUAAGGCACUCAGUAAUAUCUGUUAACUGUAGAAAUGAUGUGCAGUUAGAUUAAAGAAAGUCCGGAGUUUCGAAAGUAGAUGCUCAAAUAAAUUUCAUCCACGGCAGCAAGUAUCUCUAGAUGAAAAAAAAGAUGACUUGUGAAACUGUUUAGUUUAAAAGAUAGUGAAUAAUUGAUUGUGAUCAGUCUGUAAACAUCCAUUUUGACUCGUUAUGAUUCCAGGGAAAGCCUUCCUGAGGGCUCGUCAGAUGAACGUGGAUAUCGGGACAUGGGUUAGACUGCUCCGAAACGCCAUCCCCACAGCCAACAACUCAGGAACCUACAGUCCAAACGCACACAGCCUGACUCUUAACUCUGGGUGAGAGACACACACACAUGCACACUGCACUUACUGAGCCAGACCAACACCAAACAUCUGUGUGGGAUUGUUUGAUACCAGCCUGUGCUAUCAAACAUGGCAGCUCUCCUUGAACCUUUCUCCUUGUGUUUCCUGGCAAAGUUUAAAGCAUCUGAUGCUUUCUCUGCCCCGAGUUUAACAUCCCCCUCUGUGUGUGUGUUUGUUCAUAUGUCGGUGUGCAUCGCUGUGUUUGUUUGUUUGUUUGUGGGUGUCUGCGUGAAUUUUUCAGGGAGGUCUCAGUGGAGAAAUUGAGUUUGGACAGCGACUCACCAAUAAGGGGCGAUUACAAGAGAGACUCGGACUCACACACUCCGGUGAGACAGAGAGAGGAGGCACGAGAAACAGGGGAGGUGUGUGAAAAGAGGAGGGGUACUUUAAAGAUUCCAGCCUGUGAGCAGAGGACGAGUGAAGUCUGUGUUCACCGUCAAAAUCAAGCUUCAAGCUUUAAUCCUCAAGUAAAAGGUUAACUGUUCUGUCUUACACCCAAAGUGUAAGUCACUCCCAAUGUUUGGUCACUUUGAUCAGAAACAAGCUAUCUCCCAAAACACAGAGACAACAAUUUGGGUCAUGUUUUGAUCGAUUUUUUCAGGAUAGAUCACUAAAACCCUUUUGCAAAUAUAUGAGCUGGAAAAUAUUGUCUUUAAAGGGAUAUUCCGGCAUAAAUUUAGGUUAUGGUCAAAGACACUGUAACACCAAGUUAGACACCCCCUUGAGAGAUGACUGUUGCCGCCUGCUUGCUUCUCUAGUUACACCAACCUCAGCAACGACCGCACGAUAGCAAUACACAGGGGUCUACAUCUCCAUGUGCAAACCUCAACCAAAAAGCCACAAAUAAUGCUCAGAACAGCACCUAACUUCAUCAACAGUACAUAUAGGGUCCCAGCCAUAGUACUAGCCACAAAAUAUCUUUUUAACUUUGCCUAAUUUCUUUAGCAAAGAGACUAAACACAACUCACCUACUCUCCUCCAGCAGCCGCUUGUUUGUGGGAGAGCCCUGACGAGUUUAUCACCGAGUGCAGCAAAGUAAUAGUCAUCAUGAUAAUCAUUUUACACUGCAGACACGGUAGUUCUUCUGCCUUAGCGUCUCGGUCUGAUUGCAUUUCCACGAAGUAAUAAUCAUAAAUGUUCUUCCUUGAGCUGCGAAACUCCGCUGCACUUGGUAUCCGCCAUUGUGCGGUCGUUACUAAAGUUGGUAUAACUAGAGAAGCAAGCGGUUGGCAACAUUCAUCUCUCAAAGGGGUGUCUAACUCGGUGUUACGGUGUGUUUUACCCUAACUAAAUUUUAUGCUGGAAUAUCCCUUUAAGGAAGACCUUUAAUGUUUUUUUUAUAUGUAAUAUUUAAUAAACUAAAUAGGGCAUAAAAGGUCACAACAUCAUUUGCCUUUUAUGCGAAAAGACCCACAGCUGCGCUCUCACUCAUAUUAAAAUAUUUGUUUAUGCUAAUACAGGUUUGGACGUUGAGGGCUUAAAGAUGCAAAUCUCUUUGCACCAGGAUACUGUUCACUGUUGUCUCCGUAUGACCUCAGCCUUACACGACCCUAACGCUCCUCCCUGAGAUGUCAUUCUGGGCUUUCUCUUGAUUACUUAUAGAAAGACCAAAAUUUCCUGUGUACAUGAAAUGCACCUGUCUGCAGGAGCACCUAAGUUCUAAAGAGAGAGAGCAGACUCACUGAUUGGUCUAUUCGUGUUACACCUGAAACACUCGAGGGACUUUAUCAACCAGCUGAGAAUGUGCACCCUGAAAGAGGCAAAAUAUGGACAGAUACAGGCUAAUUCACACUGCGCCUACACUUAAGAUCAUGUGUUUCAGAUAGAUGAAUUAGGGUCUUUCUAGGGUCUUCACAGGGGGUAUCACCAUCUCUACAGUCUGUAUACAGUGACUGAUUCAUAUGUAGAUGUGAGGACUAAAUGUACAUUCUGUCAUAUUCAUACCUUUGUGAUCAAAUCAUGCCUCUUGUCUUCCCUUGUGCAUCUUCUCAUCACUCGGACCUGUGUGUCUGCGUCUUCUCCUCUGUGUCUCUGUCAUCUCGUGUCCCCCAUCAGGACCGACCUCCAGUCAUCGAGCCCUUCUCCCCCCCAGACCUCACCCCCGAGUGCCCUGUCCGAACCUCGUCAGUUGGCAGGUACACAAACACGCUGUUUCAUCCCUCUGCGUUCAUUUCCCCCAGCUUUGUUUUUCUUUGAACAGUCACUGUCGUAUGGUCCUCUCUCAAGGAAGACAUCUUAACUUGUCAAUAAAAGAAUCGACAGUGGAUGAUCUCCAUGUUACUGUCCCAGUUUUGUGAUCAUACUGUUGUCUGUGAAAGAGGCCAUGAGCCAAGUCAUGACAGAUUUGUCAUUUCUGAAGGGCAAUUUUGCAUUUCUCAUCUUAUCUGUCUGCUGUUUCACAUUUAUGAGUGCAAUGUCUCAAAAACACGGUCCAAGAAUCUCUUCAGCUAAGCCACAGAUUUAAGGUUUAAGAUGUGGUUAUUUGAGUUUAGUGAUCAGAGGUCACUAUGAAACCUGAUAUUUGAUCGCUGAAAACAUGUCUCAGUUUUAUGAUAUAUAAAUGAAAUUUGUUCCUUUUUUUAAUGUUUAACUUCACUCUGACUCUACAGUAUGAAAAUAUCAUUUGUUUUGGUCAUUUUUCCUCAUCUGGUUCUUUCUUUGAUACCAUGUUUUAAGGAAUAUUCAGAAAUUGGCCUUAAACAACAACUUGGGUUUGACUGUGAACUUUGUAGUUUUUGAUACUCAAAGGUUAACAAACGAUACUGACAUUUAAAUUCCCUGGAAAACCCUACGGGUUGUAGAUUUCUGUUAUAGUUAGUCUGUUGUUUGUGUUAUCAUCUGCAUGUGUUGUUGAUGACUCUGUUUGUUUUUUCUCCAGUAAACAGAAGAAGGGUCCUCUCUCUCUUCAGGACUUCAGGCUGAUUGCCGUGUUGGGCAGGGGACACUUUGGGAAGGUAUCACAUCAUCAAUCUACUUAUUUUAGAAAGACUUUAAAUACCUAACCCUAACCAUAAACAUGCAUCUCUGAAAGCACUCUUCACCUAUGGAAUAUUUUUGUGUUUAAAGAGUUUAACGAAUUGAUUUGUUGAUGCGUGUUCCUGUUUUUAGGUGCUGCUGUCAGAGUAUAAGAAAACAGGAACAGCGUACGCCAUCAAAGCCCUGAAGAAAGGAGACAUCGUGGCUCGGGAUGAGGUGGAAAGGUGUGUGUUAUUAAAUAUAGUUACUUUAUUAGCUUGAGCUCUGGUAUACAUUUGACUGUAUUUAGUGUUCAUCUCUGGAAUCAGUGUGGAUGUCUCAUCAACCAAAAUCAGGAUCUAAUUAUGUAAAAAAUGACUCAGUGUUACCUCCCUCUCCUCCUUCACACCUCUUUUUCUCCUUUCUCUCGCAGUUUAAUGUGCGAAAAACGCAUCUUUGAAAUCGUCAACAUGUCGCACCACCCCUUCCUGGUCAACCUGUUUGCGUGCUUCCAGACGCCUGAGCAUGUGUGUUUUGUGAUGGAGUACACAGCAGGGGGCGACCUGAUGAUGCACAUCCACACAGAUGUCUUUACAGAACCACGAGCGGUGUACGGAACAUUUGAGUUUGUUUGAGAAAGUGAAAGGACUCUGGUGAUCAGUGCUUUAUGAAUGUUUUGCUUACAGGGAUGGUAUCAUGCACAUUUACGUCAAAAAGAGACAGCAGCUAAAAAUGAAGCAUUUCAGAUGGAGGCUGAAAUAAUGAUAUUUUAAUACAGCAAUGUGAGAAAUUAGAGGCUUUCUUAUGUCUGAAAAUCACAUAAAGCUAUUAGAGGUAUCAGAAAGGAAAUAUAGAGACAGAAAAAAAUGCACGAUACCCUCUCUUUAAGUGAUGAUGUAAAAACACUUUAUAUUCCAGUGAACUAAAGCGUCUGUUGAAGUAUGGAAGGGCCUGACGGUUCCGUUCUCAGAAAUGCAUAUGUUUAACUGUGAAAGCCCCACUGUCCAACCUUUAUGGCUGUUUUCUGAGUUAUUAGUUAAAGGAUAGAUCCAAAAAAGUCCUCCCUCAGUGAAAAUACUGAACCCACAGUUUAACCAACUCCUGCAUUUUGCAUUGUCUGUGGAAAAGUCUUGCGUUUUCAACCAACAUUGGAAUCUUCUGUAAAAUAUCUACUUUUGCUAAUUUCUCACAUUAGUGACAGUUGAACUUUAAAGUUCACUUUUGCACAGAACCAGGACUGUGGGUUUUGUCCUCAGUCUCACACUCUGAUUGUGAAAGAGGAUCUUUGUCCGGCCUUCAUGGACGAGAUCAAAACACAGAAGUGAUUUUAAGGCAAAGAACACUGUCCAGUAUGGAAGAGGAUUAGGGCCACUGGAAAAAAAAAAGGUCCAAUAAAAAAUUUUUUAUCAUUAUUUUGAGAUUAAAGUCAAAUUUCUGAGAAAAAAAGUUGCGAUUCUGAGAUUAAAGUCAGAAUAAUAAUUUUGAAAAAUUAUAUUGGACCUUUUUAUCCAGCGGCCCAGUUUUUUUAGCUAUGUUGUCUUUUUUAUUUUUUCACACUGAUGCAGGUUUAACUUUGACACAGCCAGAAUCUCUGACAGUGAAUCCAGUGAUAGUUGUUUUUUUAGAGUAGUAUUUGCAAGGUUAAGUCUGAUUUCUUGUUAUUUAUUCAUUGUCGGGUCAGUAACAAUGUUUCUCUGGUUGGACUUCAGGUUUUAUGCAGCCUGCGUGGUUCUUGGACUUCAAUUCCUCCAUGACAAUAAGAUUGUGUACAGGUGAGUGAAAAUCACACAGCUUUCUGUCAGGACAGCAAAAACAAGCAUCUCUGUCUGUAAAGCAGCAGUUUCAGAAAAAAAAUCUGCAUAUUAAAAUAUACCGAUCAAACAUACAAGUAGGGCUGGGCGAGAAACCGAAUACUUACCAAUACAAUAUAUAUUUUUGGAAGUUUAAAUCAAUAAUUUACUAACUGUAGGUCGGAGAACUAGUCUGUGACUCCUCCUUACUAUCUUUUAAAUCCCUGUUAAAUCUCUCAUCUGCUAUAUUUGAGAGACUGUGAAGAGACACUUUAUUCUCACCUACGUAUUUCCCCCUUCCCUCCCCUGCAGAGACCUCAAGCUUGACAACCUGCUGCUCGACACAGAUGGUUAUGUGAAGAUCGCUGACUUUGGACUGUGUAAAGAAGGUGAGUAUUGAUGCUCCUGACAGAUGGGCUUAUUUGAGUUUUCAUAUUACAUCCUAGAAAUGUGUCCGCCCACUGCACUGAGUCUCCUUAACAUUUUAUCUGUCUGCCUCUGUGUGUAGGAAUGGGCUUUGGGGACAGGACUAGUACGUUCUGCGGGACUCCAGAGUUUCUGGCCCCAGAGGUGUUAACAGAUACAUCAUACACCAGGGCGGUGGACUGGUGGGGACUUGGAGUCCUCAUCUAUGAAAUGCUGGUGGGGGAGGUGAGAGGUGGCAAACUCUGAUACACAAAACAUGCAGUGGAUUUAUCUUUAAAUAAGAUUAUAUUGAAUUGAAUGUGUGUGUGUUCGGUAUCCAGUCUCCGUUCCCAGGGGACGAUGAAGAGGAGGUGUUUGACAGCAUAGUGAAUGAUGAAGUUCGUUAUCCACGCUUCCUCUCCACGGAAGCUAUUGGCAUCAUGAGAAGGGUAAAUGCACACAAACACACACACUCUGUCUCACCCACAGAGUAACAAUAACUCACACUGACUUAAACACCCGUGAGCCAUGCGUGACAACUGCUGCACAUGUGCACAAGACACUUAAUCAUCAGCAACUCAGACAAAUCGACACUUGCUCACAAUAACGGAGGUCACACAUUGAUGGUGUACUGUCAUCUCUGGUGUGUGUGUGUGUGUGCGUGUGUGUGUGUGUGUGUGUGUGUGUGUGUGUGUGUGUGUGUGUGUGUGUGUGUGCGUGUGUGUUCAUGUGCCGUUGGCAGCUGUUGAGGAGGAAUCCAGAGAGAAGACUGGGGUCUGGGGAAAAGGAUGCGGAGGAGGUGAAGAAGCAGCCUUUCUUCAGAGUAAGUACACUUGGGUUUUUGAGGAAGUGUAUUUUUUUAUUUUCAAGGGGGAGAAAAAGAAAGUCAAAGAAAAGUAAAGCAGUGCAACAACUUCAUCAGAAGUAUGUUCCUGAGUGUAAAAAUGCAAAGACUUCAGGGAUUUCAUCAUCAGUAGUACACAAAAACAUGAAAAGAUUGAAAAUUCAGCGGAACAUUCUGUGUGCAGGGACAAAAGACCAAUAACUGAUACUGGAUGGUCAUGAAUUUCAGACCCUCAGGCUGCACUGAGAUAAAAACAGACAUGAGUUUGCAGUAGAGAGGCUCAAAAUCCCAUCCAGAGACCACUGUCUGGUAUGGAGAUGGACGAACUUAUUCAUCUGGGAAGGCAUCUUUAAUGCUGAACAUUAUAUUAGGGCUGGGUGAUAUGGCCUCAAAUCAAUAUCACGAUAUAUUGAGCAGUUCAGCUUGAUAACAAUAAAUGAACGGUAACUACUCCACAAACUGCUCACCCCCUCACACAUUAACUUUGUCUACUUCAGCCACCGCUCCAACUUUUGAACAGUCCUCCAUCUCCUCUUCUGUCUUUCCCUCUUUGUUACGGACUGGAUGGGGUGGAGUCAUGUCUCUGACGUAGGACAGCAUCUUAAAGGGACACAAGACCAUAGCCUACCUACACACAUUAAAAACUAACUUUCAUUUAUUUAUUUAUUUGACACCAAAUGUACCAAUAAGGGGCAAAAUGACAUUGAUUAUUGUUGUAAAUUUCGGUACCAGUACAUUUUCAGUUUAUCACCCAGCCCUACAAUAUAGACAGGUAUUGGGGCAACAUGUACCCUCAUUUUAAACAAUUUGGACUUUUUUAUAAUAAUGAAAGAGGGAGACAAACUACACCUAUAUGCUCACAUUACAAAAACUUAUACUUUUCAUUAAACAAAAACACACAAUUAAAACAAUAAAAUUCAUCACUUGAUAUGACGUCUUAGCACUAUUUUCAAACAAACAAAGGAAUUAAUUGAUUGUGAAACUUAUGUUUUUUUGGACAUUUUACAAAGUGCUUCAACUCUUAUCAGAAUGGGAUUGUACUUCAAGUGUUGAAUGGCAGUAGAUAGAGUGGAUAACUCAGAGAAGAGAGUGAAAAUGACACGCCCAGGCUGUCCAUUUCAAGGACCAUAACCUCUGUCCGUGUAAUAAGACAAACCAGCUCCUCCUUCACCUCUGUAAUCUCUCCUCCCUCUUUUUCCCUUCAGAAUAUGGACUGGGAGGCCUUGCUGCAGAGGAGGGUGCCCCCUCCCUUUGUGCCCUGCAUCCGGGGUAAGGAGGAUGUCAGCAACUUCGACGAGGAGUUCACCACAGAAGCACCUACGCUCACACCUCCACGGGAGCCUCGUGUGCUCUCUCGCAAAGACCAGGAGAGUUUUCAGGACUUCGACUACGUCUCUGACCUCUGCUAGAGGGCCGUGGGACUCAAACCUCAAGGAAUGUUUUAUUUUGAAGGCUUCGUGGAAGAUUUGUCCAGACGAACCAACCGUCUCCACUGACUUUUCUGUUUGUUACACUGUGAAUGAGUGCAGAGAGACCUGGAGAUGCUGAUGUUUGUUUUCUGUGUCUUCAUUAUUUCAAAGAAGAAGGACUGAGAAAAUAAAAGCCAAAUGAGGUAGCUGAUGGGGUAAAUUGUUCUAUCAAAAAAAGGACAAACCAGGUCUCCCUCUCUCCUAUCAUCGUACAACACACCAUUGACCUGUGUAUCUUUGCCUUUGAAACGCCUUCUCCUAUCCUCUUCUGUAUCAAUGUAGUCACGUGUGCAGCUGCGAGAGGAGGAGUUUGCUGUCUCUUCGUACUGUUGACUGUUUGGGGGGGUUGCUUAAAGGCCUCUUCUACCAAUGCCUUACAUUUGUACUUGUAUUUGAUCCACAGAAAAGCAUUUUGUUCUUAUUUUGUGACCCUCGACACGCUGAAACAACUUUCAAAAAGGAUUUCCUUUUCAAAGUUUGAAAUAGCGACAUUCAGUGUGAAAUUGUUAACCUAUGAAGAUUGUGUUGAGUUAUUCGAGGUGAAAUAUGAGUGAACUAUUAGGAAAAGAACCACUGUCUUACUUUUUAACUACUUUUUAAAAACGUGUGCUCCUCCAACAAAUGUCACCAGAAUAUUUGAGAUGUAGUCAUAUUUAUUGACAGCUGACUCUCUACAAAGCAUCUUUUUAUGCCAACCACAUUUCCUUUUUUUGGCGUUGGAUAUUUGACCAUUUUGGAGGUAAUUUACUAUGAACUGGUGUAGCAAAUAGAUAGCAGAUCAAUGAAUCACAACCACCAGCAUUUGAAAUCUUUGUUGCAAGCAGGUAACUGUGUUGUAAUGUGGAAAAAAGACGAACACUAAAACUUAAUGUAACAGUAACACACUGUCAGCUUACACUUGUGCAUUCAUUCUGUGGUCUACAUGCUACCUGAGAUUUUUAGUAAAAAAAAAAAAACAUUCAUUCUGUAGAGGAUUUUUUUUUUUUUUUCGUCAAAAUGAGCAAAUCCUCUUUGUUUCAGCCAAAAGUGGAUUGACUUUGUGGUUGGAGGAAGUGUCUGAUGCACAAAAAACCUCAUUAGUUACUUCCCACAAAAAAAGAAGCCUUUGGAGCUUUGUGCAGUGAGUUUCAGAGUCUCAGAGUCCCAGCUAACUGCUUCUCUUGGCAAUACUUUUCCAAGUGAACGAUAUCAUCUGAGAAUAACAAAAAUAUAGAAAAAUAAAUGUUAGAAAAUUAGAGUGAGAGUGGAAAAACUUCAGUAACACUUUAGCAUUCUGAGUAUAGGAGAGGUUUGUUGUGAAGCUGUACAUAAGAUGGUGUGGCUUUGACUUAUCUUGUGUAUGACAAAACAAACCAUGUGAGAGAAUGAAUGAGAUGACUUAUUUUAUAAAGAAAAUCUGGAGUGAA